GAGUGUGAAUAUGCCUGUGGAGUAGAUGACAGGAGAUCCAGAGCCCGUCUCUUUGUUGAAGAGACCGCAGUGGAGAUCGUCAGGCCACCCCAAGAUGUAUUUGAGCCCCCAGGAUCAGAUGCUGUUUAUGAAGUUGAGCUUAACAAAGACAGAGUUGAAGUCAAAUGGUUGAGGAACAACAUGACCAUUGUUCAAGGUGAUAAGUACCAGAUGAUGAGUGAGGGUAAGAUUCACCGACUUCAGGUCUGUGAAAUUAGGCCGCGUGAUCAAGGCGAAUACAGAGUCAUCGCCAAAGACAAAGAUGCCAGAGCCAAGCUUGAGCUUGCUGCUGUACCAACAAUUAAGACCUUGGAUCAAGACUUGGUGACAGAUGCUGGAAAGCCAUUUGUUAUGGCAGUUCCUUAUAAUGCAUACCCGCUUGCUGAGGCAGAAUGGUUCUUCAAUGAAAUUAGUCUGCCAAAAGAGAAUAUUCACACAUCUGCUGACAGGACAGAGUACAGACUCAAGGACACUAAGAAGUCAGAGGAAGGCCGUUAUAAAAUCAUCAUCAAGAACAAACAUGGAAAAGGGGAGGCUUUCAUAAAUCUAAAAGUUGUUGAUGUUCCUGGUCCUGUGAAGAACCUACAGGUUGUUGACACUGCUGAUGGUGAGGUCAGCAUUGCCUGGGAAGAGCCUGAGAGUGAUGGUGGCAGCAAGAUUUUGGGUUAUGUGGUUGAGAGACGUGAUAUCAAACGCAAGACCUGGACUCUGGCAACUGACAGUGCCGAAAGCACAGAAUACUGUGUAACCGGGUUACACAAAGACUCCAAGUACCUGUUCCGUGUCUGUGCACGCAACAGAGUUGGAAGCGGGCCCAGUGUUGAGACAGAUAAAGCUGUUCAAGCUAAGAAUAAGUUUGAUGUUCCUGAUGCACCACAGAAUGUUAUUGUUGGAAAUGUCAACAAGUUUGGUGCCACAGUUUCCUGGGAAUCACCACUGUACGAUGGUGGAUCUGAGAUCACAUCAUACAUCAUUGAGCUCCGCGACAGGACUUCUGUGAGCUGGUCUCCAGUCAUGGUGACCAAACCACAUGAACGCACAGCUAUCAUUAAUGAUGUUAUUGAAAAUAAAGAAUACAUAUUCCGCGUGAAGGCUGAAAACAAGGCUGGAAUUGGCAAGCCAAGUGCCGCAACUAACCCAGUCAAGAUCAUGGACCCCAUUGAGAGGCCAAGUCCCCCACUGAACUUGACACAUUCUGAACAGACUAAGGACUCUUGUCUGUUGACCUGGGAGACUCCCUUAAAAAAUGGAGGUACAGUGAUCACUGGCUACAUCAUUGAGAGGCGUGAAGAGGGUACAGACAAGUGGCUAAGAUGCAAUGCCAGGCUUUGCCAGGAUCUGCUCUACAGGAUUUCUGGCCUAAAGUUUGGAAAACAAUACAGCUAUAGAGUCCUUGCUGAGAAUGCUGCCGGUCAGUCUGACCCCUCCAACAUUGUUGGACCUGUGUUGGCAGAUGACCCACACUCUGCACCUACUCUGGACUUGAGUCUAUUUAAGGAUGGUCUGGAGGUUAUUGUCCCUCACCAUCUUGCAAUUCGUGUCCCCAUCAGUGGGUACCCAACGCCCACAGCAAAGUGGACUUUUGGUGAAAAUGAGCUUGCAGCUGGUGACCGUGUGUCCAUGGCAACAAAAACUACCUUCACAGAGCUUGUUAUCACCCCAAGUGUGCGGCCAGACAAAGGCACAUACUCCUUGACACUGGAAAAUGAUGUGACCAGUGUCUCGGGAGAGAUUGAAGUUAAUGUCAUUGCAUCUCCGAGCGCACCCAAAGACUUAAAAGUUGCAGAAGUGACCAGAAAACAUGUCCACUUGAUGUGGGAGGCACCUGAUCAUGAUGGAGGGAGUCCAAUCACUGGCUACCAGGUUGACAAACGUGAUGUGUCCAGGAAAACCUGGGUGAAGGUGAUGGCAGGUUUGCAAGACCAGGAAUACACAAUUACAGAUGUAAUUGAGGGCAAGGAGUACUUGUUCAGAGUUAUUGCCUGUAACAAAUGUGGCCCUGGAGAACCUGCUUACACUGAUGAGCCAGUGAAUGUGUCUUCACCUGCUACUGUUCCAGACCCACCAGAAAACCUUAAAUGGAGAGAUAAGUCUGCCAGCAAGAUCUUCCUGUCAUGGGAGCCUCCCAAGUGGGAUGGUGGUGCUGGAAUUAAAGGUUAUAUUGUUGACAAAUGUCAACGUGGCAGUGACAAAUGGGAGCCAUGUGGGGACCCAAUUCCUGAGUUAAAGUUUGAAGUGACCGGUCUCAUUGAAGGGCAAUGGUAUGCUUAUCGUGUGAGAGCUUUGAACAAACUUGGUGCCGGCAAGCCUUGCAAGGCAACAGAUGAGAUCUUGGCUGUUGAUCCUAAAGAACCUCCAGAGAUCCAGCUGGAUGCAAAACUGCUGGCUGGCUUGACUGCUAAAGCUGGCACAAAGAUUGAACUUCCUGCUGACAUUACAGGCAAACCAGAGCCUAAAGUCAAAUGGACCAAAGCUGACCUAGUCCUAAAGCCAGAUGAUAGAAUUGCUAUUGAUACCAAGCCAGGCCAUUCCACUGUGUCCAUUGCUAAGUCCAAGAGGGAUGACACUGCUACAUACAUCAUUGAAGCAGUCAACAGCAGUGGACGUGCAACUGCAACCGUUGAUGUCAACAUUUUAGAUAAACCUGGUCCUCCAGCUGCUUUUGAUAUCUCUGAAAUCACCAAUGAGUCCUGCUUCUUGGCCUGGAAUCCACCAAGAGAUGAUGGUGGCUCAAAGGUGACAAACUAUAUUGUUGAGCGGAGGGCUACAGACAGUGAGAUCUGGUACAAGUUGUCCUCGACCGUGAAGCAGACCACUUAUAAGGCCACCAAACUCGUGGCUUUCAAGGAGUAUGUCUUUAGAGUCUAUGCUGAAAAUCAGUUUGGCAUUGGUGCCCCAGCAGAACAUGCCCCAAUUAUUGCCAGAUACCCCUUUGAUUCUCCUGGUCCUCCAUACAAAUUGGAGACAUCUGAAAUUGCAAAGGAUGCAGUAACUCUGACCUGGUAUGAGCCUGAUGAGGAUGGUGGAAGUCCUAUUACUGGCUACUGGGUAGAGAGAUAUGAGCCUGACAAUGACAAAUGGAUUAGAUGCAAUAAACUGCCUAUCAAGGAUACAAAUUUUAGGGUAAAGGGUCUGCCCACAAGAAAGAAGUACAAGUUCCGUGUUUUGGCAGAGAAUCUGGCUGGACCUGGCAAACCAAGCAAAGAGACAGAUCAGAUUUUGAUCAAAGAUCCAAUCGAUCCUCCAUGGGCUCCUGGCAAGCCCACUGUCAAGGAUGUUGCCAAAACAUCUGCCUUCCUGCAAUGGACAAAACCUGAGCAUGAUGGUGGUGCAAAGAUCGAGUCCUAUAUCAUUGAGCUCCUCAAGAGUGGAACUGACGAGUGGGUUCGUGUAGCUGAUGGUAUUUCCUCUCUUGAAUACUUCCUGAGAGGAUUAAUGGAGAAGCAAGAGUACUCUUUCCGAGUAAGAGCUGUCAAUGCGGCAGGCGAAAGUGAACCGAGUGAGCCAAGCGAUCCAGUGCUUUGCAAAGAGAGACUCAAUCCUCCAUCACCACCAAGAUGGCUUAAUGUAGUUACCAGCACCAGGAACAGUGCUGAAUUGAAAUGGACAGCACCUGAGAGAGACGGUGGCUCUCCAAUCACAAACUACAUUAUUGAGAAGAGAGAUGUGAGACGCAAGGGCUGGCAGGCUGUGGACACCACUGUGAAAGAGCUGAAGUACACUGUUACCCCGCUGAAUGAGGGGUCCCUCUAUGUGUUCCGUGUAGCUGCAGAGAAUGCCGUUGGACCCAGUGAAUACUGUGAACUUGUGGACUCUGUUCUCGCCAGGGAUACUUUCAGUACCCCUGGACCCCCAUAUAAUCUGACCAUUACUGAGGUGUCAAAAACUCAUGUUGACCUUAAAUGGGAAGCACCUCAGAAUGAUGGUGGCAGACCAGUCUUGAGAUAUGUCAUUGAGAAAAAGGAGAAGCUUGGAACCCGUUGGGUGAAAUCUGGAAAGACUUCAGGUCCUGACUGCCAUUACAGAGUGACUGAUGUAAUUGAGGGGACUGAAGUGCAGUUUCAAGUCUGUGCUGAGAACGAGGCUGGAGUUGGUCACCCAAGUGAACCCACUGAUAUUGUGUUAAUUGAGGACCCAACAGGCCCCCCAUCACCUCCACAGGAUUUGAAUAUCACAGAGGCAGCCAGAGAUCAUAUUUCUAUUGCAUGGAAGGCACCAGACAAGAAUGGAGGAAGCCCUGUUAUUGGCUACCAUAUUGAGCUCUGUGAGUCCGGAACUGAGAAGUGGAUGAGAGUCAACUCUCGUCCUGUCAAAGAGCUGAAAUACAGAGCAGGGGAUGAAGAGGGCAUUGUUCCUGAAAAGCAGUAUACCUUCAGAGUCCGUGCUGUCAAUUCUGUUGGUGCCAGUGAACCGUCUGACAUUUCUGAGAAUGUAUAUGCCAAAGAUUCUGACUGCAAUCCAACCCUUGAUUUCCAAACCAAGGACCUUGUUGUUGUGGAAGGUGAAAAGAUGCACCUCCCUAUUCCAUUUAAGGCUGUGCCAUCACCUAAGAUUACAUGGCACAAAGAUGGAAAUGAAAUAAAGGCUGAUGACAGAAUCUUCUUCAGAACUGAGUACACAGCCUGCCAUCUAGAAAUUCCAAGCUGCUUACAUGCUGAUUGUGGCCAAUACAAAGUUACUCUUGAGAACAGCCUUGGUUCAUCUAGUGGAACAAUCAAUGUUAAAGUUAUUGGCCUUCCCGGACCAUGUAAGGAAAUUGUUGCUAGUGAGAUUACCAAGAGCUCUUGCAAGGUGUGCUGGGAUCCUCCAGACUAUGAUGGUGGUAGCCCCAUUCUCCUUUAUGUCCUGCAACGCAGAGAAGCAGGCAGGAGAACCUACGUCAACGUUAUGUCUGGAGAAAACAAAUUGAGUUGGCAGGUUAAGGAUCUCAUUCAAAAUGGAGAGUAUUACUUCCGUGUCAGAGCUGUGAACAUGAUUGGUGGUGGUGAAUUCAUUGAGCUUCGUAACCCUGUAAUUGCUGUAGACCAGAAGCAACGUCCUGAUCCACCAGUUGAUGUGGAAACAAACAACCCUACUUCUGAUACGGUGACCCUUACCUGGAAGCCACCCAUGUAUGAUGGUGGAAGCAAAAUUAUGGGUUACAUUCUUGAGAUGAUGAUGAAAGGGGAAGAGAAUUUCAUGAGAUGCAAUGACUUCCUUGUGCCAGUGUUGUCUUACACUGUUAAGGGGUUGAUGCAAGGAAAACAAUAUCAGUUCCGUGUGCGUGCCGAAAAUGCAGCUGGUGUUAGUGAUCCCUCACGCAGCACACCGAUGAUCAAAGCCAUGGAUGCUGUUGAUCGUCCAAAGGUAUUCCUAAGUGGUAAUCUACAAUCAGGCUUGAAUGUGAGACGAGGUGAAGAGAUCCGGUUGGAUGCCUACAUCUCUGGAUUUCCGUACCCCCAAAUCACAUGGACGAGGAACAAUUCAGCGAUUUGGCAAGAGCCACUGAAGAAGAGACCAGAAAAGCCUAUUAAGAAGAAGAAGGAGGAAAAGAAGGAGCCAAUUACAGAGAAGAAGGAAGACAAAGAUGAGAAGAAGGAGGAGGACAAGGAAAAGAAGGAGGAAGACAAAGAGAAAAAGGAGGAGGAGGAGAAGAAGGACAAGGAUAAAGAGAAGGAAAAAUUGGAGGAACCUGAGGAGCCUGAAGAGGCAUACCACCCAAGCUUAAAUGAACGUCUUACACUCGACACCAAGAGGAAGGGUGAAUCCUUCAUUAUUGUUCAAGAUACUAUCAGGGGGGAUCACGGUGUGUUCACCAUAAAAGUGGAGAAUGAUCAUGGUGUUGCCUCAGCUUCCUGUGAAGUUAAUAUCCUUGAUACUCCUGGUCCCCCGGUGAAUUUCAAAUUUGAGGAGGUAAGGAAGAACUCAAUCCUCUGUAAGUGGGAUCCCCCUCUGGAUGAUGGUGGUAGUGAAAUCCUGAACUACAUAUUGGAAAGAAAAGAUAACUCCAAGAUAGAGCUUGGAUGGAUCACUGUCACAUCAACCCUCAGAGGCUGCAAAUAUCCAGUGACAAAACUCAUUGAGGGCAAGGAAUACAUCUUCCGUGUCACUGCAGAGAACAAGUAUGGUCCUGGAACACCAUGCAUCUCCAAACCUGUCAUAGCAAAGAAUCCAUUCGAUCCUCCAGAGGCACCAGAGAAACCUGAAAUUAAGGAUGUUACAGCCAACAGUAUGCUUGUUACCUGGACAGAACCCAUUGACAAUGGCAGCCCCAUUCUGGGAUACUGGGUUGAGAAACGAGAAAUUAACAGUACACACUGGGCAAGAGUAAAUCGCAGCACUGUUCCUGAUCUUGAAAUAAAUGUGGAGGGUCUUUUGGAGGGUUUGACAUACAUUUUCAGAGUCUGUGCAGAAAAUGUGGCUGGACCUGGAAAGUUCAGCCCCGCAUCAGAACCAAAAACAGCACAGGCAGCAAUCAUGCCUCCUGGUCCACCAAUCCCGAGGAUUGUUGACACCACAGACUAUUCAAUUGAAGUUGAAUGGGAUCCUCCUGCAGACAAUGGAGGUGCAGACAUCUUUGGUUAUCAUGUUGACAAAAUUGUUGCUGGAACCAAGGACUGGUCACGAGCCACAGAGAGACCACACAAGAACCGCACCUUCACUGUGUUUGGUGUUAGAGAAGGCGCAAAAUACAUUGUCCGUGUUGUGGCGGUCAAUUGUGUGGGUGAAGGUGCUCCUGGACUUACGGAUGCUGUAAUUGUGAGAAAUCCUGCAGAGGUUCCAGUCAUCGAGCUUGAUAUCACAGUGAGAAAUGGUGUUGUUGUUAGAGCUGGAGAGAUGCUGAGAAUCCCAGCACAUGUGACUGGAAGACCUCCUCCAUCCUUGAAAUGGACAAAGGACGAUGGUGCAUUAGAGAAAGACCGCAUGGAGGUAGAAGAAGCUGGACAGGACAGCACUCUAAUCAUUAGUUCCACAAAGAGGAGUGAUCAUGGCAAAUACCAAAUUCAAGCAGCAAAUCCAAGUGGCAUUAAAUCUGCAUGGACCAGGGUUGAAGUUAUGGAUGUUCCUGGACCAGUUCUUGACCUGAAGCCUGUUGUGGUUACCAGAAAGUUGAUGAUGUUGAAUUGGUCUGAUCCUGAAGAUGAUGGUGGUAGUGAUAUUACAGGAUUUAUCAUUGAAAGGAGAGAACCAAAGAUGCACACUUGGAGACAACCCAUUGAGACCGUUUCAUCCAAAUGCGAGAUUGUAGGUAUUAUUGAGGGACAGGAGUACAUUUUCCGUGUUGUGGCUAAGAACAAGCAUGGAUGUGGUCCCCCAGUCGAUCUUGGACCUAUCCGUGCUGUGGAUCCUCAAGGUCCACCAACUUCUCCUGAAAAGUUCCACUAUACAGAGAGGACUAAGUCCUCUGUUACCAUUGAAUGGAGGCCACCCCGUAAUGAUGGUGGUAGUCCAAUCAUUGGGUACAUCAUUGAGAAGAAGCGUCAAGAUGAACCAGCUUUCCAGCGUGUCAACCCAGAGCUGUACACUGCUCAAAUUAUGACCAUUGAUAAUCUUGAUGAGUUGCACAUGUAUGAGUUACGUGCAAAGGCUGUUAAUGCAAUUGGUGAAAGUGAGCCCUCAAUUACCAUGACUGUUGUUAUUCAGGAUGAUGAAGUGGCUCCAACUCUCCAUUUGAUGAAGCAGUUCAAGGGCGAUUUGAUCAGAGCUAGGAAAAAUGAACCCAUUGAGAUUCCUGCUGAAGUCACAGGCCUGCCAAUGCCAAAGAUUGAGUGGCUGAAGGAUGAUGUUGUCAUUGAUAAUGUCACAGAGAAUCUCCUUAUGGAAACCAAAGAGACUGACAGAGUGACAUCACACACAAAACUCUCAAUCCCUGGUGUUGUGAGAUUGGACAAGGGCACAUACACCGUUACUGCCUCAAAUCGUUUGGGAUCAGUCAGUCAUUCCAUCACAGUGGAAGUGCUGGAUCGUCCAACACCACCCAGAAAUAGUGCUGUUUCAAAUAUCAAAGCUGAAUCUUGCCAGCUUACCUGGGAUGCCCCGUUGGAUACUGGUGGCAGUGAGCUUACCAACUACAUUGUUGAAAUGAAAGAUCUUAAUGUUGAAGAUCCUGAAAAAGCUGAGUGGGUGCAGGUUACCAACUCCAUUAUCGAGAAGCGAUAUGGGGUAUGGAACCUGAAAACAGGUGGCAGCUAUAAAUUCAGAAUCAAAGCUCAGAACAAGUAUGGAAUAAGUGAGGCCUGUGAAACUGAAGAAGUUCAGAUUAAGGAUCCCUUUGCUCUCCCUGGCCCACCUGAGAAGGUCACUAUUGCAGAGUACUCUAAGGCCCAUAUGUUACUGACAUGGGAACCCCCUACAGACAGUGGUGGUUCUACAAUUACUGGUUACUGGUUGGAGAAGCGUGAAAAGGGUACUUCCUAUUGGUCUCGUGCGAAUAAAGCCCUGGUGUCAAAACGUGGUACGAAAGGCUGGGAAUACCAGGUUACUCGACUCAUUGAGGGAAUGGAGUAUGAAUUCCGUGUGAUGGCUUGCAAUGCUGCUGGUAUUGGACCACCUAGUGCAAUCUCAGAGUCUGCCUUUGCUGUCGAUUGUCUGACUCCACCUAGCAUGCCAGCAGCCCCUGAGGUUGCUGACAAAACCAAGCAUAGCGUCACCCUUGCAUGGACCCCACCAGCUAAAGAUGGUGGUCGUCCCAUCAAAGGUUACAUCAUUGAGAUUCAGGAUGAAGGCACAUCUGAGUGGGCCAGGAUCAAUGAUGCUGAUAAUCUGCAUCCUACCACUGAUUUUACCAUUCCAAAUCUCCCAGAGCUUAAGAAAUACAGAUUCAGAAUCAUUGCAGUCAAUGAUAUUGGCGAGUCUGAGCCAAGCCCAAGAACCACUGAAGUUCGCAUAGAGGACAUUCAAACUGCACCAAAGAUCUUUAUUGAUAUCAGUGCACAUGAUCUGCUGUGCAUUCGUGCUGGAACUCCAUUUAAGAUUCCAGCAACUAUCACAGGACGUCCUGUUCCUAAAGUUACAUGGGAGUUUGAUGGCAAAGCAAAGACAGAAAAAAAGGAUCGUCUCCAUGUCUUACCAAUAGAUUCACAGGUUGAAUCUACUGACACUACCUCCAAUGUUUCAAUUCCUGUGAGUUUGAGAAGCCAUUCUGGCAGGUACAUAAUUACAGCAAAGAACAAAUCAGGACAGAAACACAUCAACGUCAGAGUAAAUGUGCUUGAUGUUCCCGGAGCACCCAAAGAGCUCAAGGUUACAGAUGUCACCAGAACCACAAUGAGACUCAUUUGGAAACUGCCAGAUAAUGAUGGUGGUGAGAGAAUUAAGAGUUACUUCAUUGAGAAGAAGACUGUCAAUGGAAAGGCUUGGACAACUGUCAAUGCUGCUUGUGCUAGCAUGGCAUUUGUUGUGCCCAACCUCCUUGAGGGACAGGACUACCUGUUCCGUGUUCGUGCUGAGAACCGCCUCGGCUUUGGACCAUAUACAGAGACCACAGAACCUGUUAGGGCAAGGGAUCCCAUCUAUCCUCCUGAUCCUCCAACCAAGGUGAAAAUUAACCUUGUUACCAAGAACACUGUGACUCUGACAUGGGUGCCUCCCAAGAAUGAUGGUGGGGCACCAGUAAAGCAUUACAUUAUUGAGAGACUGAGCUGGGAUACAAGUGGUCCACAGAAAGAGACUUGGAAACAAUGCAAUAAGAGAGAGGUUGAAGAAACUCACUUCAUUGUUGAAGACCUUAAGGAAGGUGGCGAAUAUGAGUUCCGUGUUAAAGCUGUGAAUGAAGCUGGCCCAAGCAGACCCUCUGUGACUGCUGGACCAAUUAUCAUUAAGGACCAGACAUGUGCUCCAAGCAUUGAUCUGAGAGAGGCUUUAGAAGGCGCAGAAGGAUUUGAUGUCAACAUUGUUGCCAGGAUUCAGGGCUGUCCAUUCCCAUCUCUUGUCUGGCAGAGGGCUCCACUGGACAAGCCUGAUGACAAAACUUCUGUGCAUUAUGACAAACAUGUCAAUAAAGUUGUUUCUGAUGAUAAAUGCACCCUGUUAAUUCAGCAAUCCAAGAGAGAUGACAGUGCAGUGUACAUUCUCACAGCCACUAACAGCUUGGGCACAGCCAACAAGAGUAUCAAACUUACCAUUUUGGGAUGUCCUGGAGUACCUGUGGGACCAAUCAAGUUUGAGGAGGUCUUUGCUGAAAGGAUUGGCCUGUCCUGGAAACCACCCACAGAUGAUGGCGGUUCCAAGAUUACAAACUAUGUUGUUGAAAAGCGUGAGGAGAACAGAAAAACAUGGGUCCAUGUCUCUAGUGAUCUGAAGGAAUGCCAAUGCACUGUACAAAGACUUACAGAGGGCCAUGAGUACGAGUUCCGUGUUAUGGCUCAGAAUAAAUAUGGAAUUGGACCACCCUUGUACAGUGAACCUGAGAAAGCACGGAACCUCUUCACUGUACCUGGCCAAUGUGAGAAGCCAACAGUUACAGAUGUUUCACUUGAAUCUAUGACAGUCAACUGGGAGGAGCCAGAAUAUGAUGGUGGGUCUCCAGUAACUGGUUACUGGCUUGAGCGUAAGGAAAUUACAGCAAAGCGCUGGACAAGAGUGAAUCGUGAUCCUAUCAGAAUCAUGCCUCUCGGUGUUUCCAACAUUGUAACUGGUCUCAUGGAGGGUGCCAUCUACCAAUUCCGUGUUAUUGCAAUUAAUGCUGCUGGAUGUGGUUUACCUAGUGUGCCUUCUGAUCCUGUUGCAUGUAGAGACCCUAUUGCACCUCCAGGACCUCCGACACCAAAAGUAACAGAUUGUACCAAGUCAACUGUGGAUCUUGAAUGGAUUCCUCCACUUAAUGAUGGUGGAUCUAAGAUCACAGGCUAUUUUGUUGAGUACAAAGAAGAAGGACAAGAGGAAUGGGAGAAGGUUAAAGACAAGGAAAUUAGAGGCACCAAGUUUGUUGUUCCUGGCCUAAAAGAGCUUGGACUCUACAGAUUCAGAGUGAGGGCUGUAAAUUCUGCAGGUGUGGGAGAACCUGGUGAGGUUGCUGAAGUGAUCGAAGUCAAGGACAGAACAAUUCCCCCCGAGGUUGACCUGGAUGCUACAGUCAAGGAAAAAAUUGUGGUUCAUGCUGGUGGGGUAAUCCGUAUCCUGGCCUUUGUGUCGGGCAAGCCUGCACCAGAGAUUAUUUGGAAUGGGGAUGAUGGUGAUUUGCCAAAGGAAGCUGCUGUAGAGACCACUGCUAUAAGUUCAGCUAUGGUUAUCAAGAAUUGCAGGAGACAUCACCAGGGUAUUUACACAUUGACUGCUAAGAAUGCGGGUGGUGAAAGGAAGAAAGCAGUCAUUGUUGAAGUAUUGGAUGUCCCUGGCCCUGUGGGUCAGCCAUUCUCUGGUAAGAAUCUUACCAAUGAUUCUUGUAAGUUGACAUGGUACUCACCUGAAGAUGAUGGUGGCUCAGCUAUCACCAACUAUAUCAUUGAAAAGAGAGAAGCUGACCGCAGGGGCUGGACUUCAGUGACAUAUACUGUCACUAGACAUAAUGCAGUGGUCCAGGGUCUACUUGAUGGAAAGGCUUAUUUCUUCAGAAUUGCAGCUGAAAAUAUUAUUGGAAUGGGUCCAUUUACUGAGACGUCAGCACCAGUUCUCAUCAAGGAUCCUUUCUCUAUCCCUGAGCGCCCAGAGGAUCUUGAGGUGACGGCUAUCACAAAUGAUUCAAUCAGUGUGGCAUGGAGACCUCCAAAGUAUGACGGAGGUUCAGAUAUUACAAGCUAUGUUCUUGAGGUCCGUCUUAUUGGACAAGACAACUUCAACCGCAUUGCUAUAGAGGACAAACUGAUGGAUCGUAAAUUCACACACGUGGGUCUUAAGGAAGGCUCUUCUUAUGAAUUCCGUGUUAGUGCUGUGAAUCAGAUUGGUCAAGGCAAGCCUUCUUUCAGUACCAAACCAGUUACAUGCAAGAAAGAGUUUGAACCACCAACACUUGAUCUUGACUGCCGUGACAAGCUUGUGGUUCGUGUUGGCGAGACUUGCACUGUUCAAGGACGAUACUCUGGCAAACCAACACCAACUAUUAAAUGGCUCAUAAAUGAUGAGCAGCUUCAAGCAAAUGAAGAAAUUGCUCUCACCAGCACAACAAAGACUUUGUGCUUGUCUAUUGAAAAGGCAAAACGGAAUCACAGUGGAAAAUACACUGUGGUUCUAGAAAACUCCAUAGGCUCACGCAAGGGCAUAUGUAAUGUUGUUGUUGUUGACCGCCCACAGCCUCCAGAGGGUCCUGUUAACUUUGAUGAGAUCUACAGGAAUUACAUGGUCAUUUCUUGGAAGCCCCCACUGGAUGAUGGUGGAUGUGCUAUUUCUAACUACAUUGUUGAAAAGAGAGACACCAACAGAGAUCUAUGGAUGCCUGUUACAGAAUCUUGCACAAGAACAUCAUGCAGAGUUCCAAAAUUGAUUGAGGGAAGAGAGUAUAUCAUUAGAAUCUGUGCUCAGAAUAUUCAUGGCAUUAGUGAUCCUUUGGUAUCUGCUGAGACCAAAGCAAGGGAUGUUUUCAAGGUUCCAGAUGCUCCGCAAGCACCUUUAGUUAAAGAAAUCUAUAAAGACACUGCUCUGAUUUCAUGGGUCCAGCCAGCUGAUGGUGGCAAACCAAUCACAAACUACAUUGUUGAGAAGAAAGAGACCAUGGCCAACAUGUGGUCUAGAGCUGGAAAGGAACGCAUUUUCCCUAACACAGAAUACUGGGUUCCUGAUCUUCUCAAGGGAUGUGAAUAUGAAUUCCGUGUCAUGGCAGAGAAUGUGGUUGGUGUUGGUGACCCAAGCCCAGCCUCAAAGCCUAUCUAUGCCAAAGAUCCUAUAGUGAUUCCAAGCCCACCUGUGCUUCCAGUAGCAAUUGAUAAGACAAAAGAGUCUGUCACUCUUUCUUGGCAGCCACCAAAGGACUGUGGCAGAGGCAAAAUCCUUGGCUAUCUCCUUGAGUAUCAGAAAGCUGGUGAUGAGGAAUGGCUUCAAGUAAAUCAGACACCAGACUCCUGCCAGGACACUACAUUCAAAAUUAUCAACCUUGAAGAUGGUGUUCUUUACAGAUUUAGAGUGAAGGCAGCAAAUGCUGCUGGUGAAUCUGAGCCUGCAUAUGUCCCAGAGCCUGUUCGAGCACAAGACAGACUAGAGCCCCCAGAUCUCCUGCUGGAUAUGGGCAUGGCCCGAGAAGUUAAAGCAAUGGCUGGAACCCAUAUUACUAUUAUGGCUGGAAUAAAGGGCAUGCCUUUCCCAAAAGUCACAUGGAAGAAAAAUGAAGCAGAUGUUCCUCCAAGAGCAGAGAUUGAGACAUCUGGAACAGCAAGCAAAUUGGAGAUGCGUUAUUGCAACCGUGCAGAUUGUGGAGAUUACACACUUAAUGUAGAAAAUCCAGCUGGAUCGAAGACCGCCACAUGCACUGUGCUUGUUCUUGACAAGCCUGGACCAGUUCAGAAUCUCAGAGUGUCUGAUGUCAGAAGUGAUUCUGCCCAGCUUUCGUGGAAAGACCCAGAAGAUAAUGGUGGUGCACGUAUCACUAACUUUGUUGUCGAGAAAAAGGAUGCAGCAUCAGCACAAUGGGUGCCAGUCUGCUCAUCAUCUAAAAAACGCAGCAUGAUGGCCAAGCACUUGAUUGAAGGGACAUCAUACAUGUUCCGUGUGGCGGCUGAAAAUCAGUUUGGCAGAAGUGAAUAUGUUGAGACAACAAAAGCUAUCAAGGCAAUAAAUCCACUGUUCCCACCUGGUCCACCAAAAGACCUGCAUCAUGUAGAUGUUGACAAAACCGAGGUUUGGCUGCAGUGGAAUUGGCCAGAUCGCACAGGAGGAAGUGACAUCACUGGAUUCUUGGUUGAGUACCAAGAAGAAGGUGAAAGGGAUUGGAUUGUUUUUAAGACUGUAAGCAUUCCUGAGUGCCAUGUGACUGGACUGGAGGAGGGAAAGACCUAUAGGUUCCGUGUUAAGACAGAGAAUGCUAUUGGUCUAAGUCGGCCAGACACUACUGUGCCAGUCCUUUGCCAGGAAAAACUAGUACCACCCAUUAUAGAGGUUGAUGUGAAGCUGAUUGAAGGAAUCAUUGUGAAAGCUGGAAGCACUAUUAGACUGCCUGCCAUUAUGAGAGGCAUUCCAGUUCCCACUGCCAAAUGGGUUAUUGAUGGAGAGGAAAUCAUGAGUGAAGGCAAUAUCAAAAUUGACACUGACAACUUCUCCACUGUUUUGAGCAUUGCUGAAUGCACAAGAAGUCACACAGGAAUCUAUAUCCUCACAGUGUCAAACUCGGCAGGAAGUAAGACUGUUUCUCUGAAUGUCACAGUACUUGAUGUCCCAGCUGCCCCCAUUGGUCCUGUUAAUAUUCUUGAAGUUACUCCUGACUCUAUGGUAAUUGACUGGCGUCCUCCCAAAGAUGAUGGUGGAAGCCCUGUCAUGAACUAUAUUGUUGAGAAGAGAGAAUCAAAUAAGGAAACCUGGGGAGGAGUUAGUUCUGGCAGCACUGCAACGAGGCUCAGGAUUACUCGCCUGCAGAAGGGAGUUGAGUAUGUUGUAAGAAUAUGUGCUGAAAAUAAAAUGGGAAUUGGUGCACCUCUUGAAAGUGCACCCACUGUAGCCCGACACCAGUUUGAGCCCCCUGGCCAUCCUGGUAAACCAGUUGCAUCUGAUAUUUCUGAGGAUGCACUCACAAUUGGAUGGACAAUGCCACUGUUUGAUGGUGGUAGUCAAAUCAGUGGUUACAUUAUUGAGCGUAGACAUAAGGGUGGCAAAUGGAUUAGAGUGAAUAAAACACCUUGCAAGGACCUUAGAUACAGAGUGCUUGGACUUUUUGAAGGUAAUGAAUAUGAGUUCAGAGUAUUUGCUGAGAAUAUUGCUGGCUUUAGUGGACCCUCACCUAUUUCAGAUCCUGCCAAGCCUUGCAGACAAAUUACAGUUCCAGGGCCUCCAGUCAACCCUAAGGUUAAGGACUACAGUUGCUCAUAUGCUGACUUAGUUUGGAUCAAACCCACAAAGAAUGGAGGCAGUCCAGUCUUAGGAUAUAUCAUUGAAUGCCAGAAAGCAGGUGCUGAGUGGGAACUAGUCAAUAAGGAUGAUCUGAUUAAGCAGUGCGCUUAUAGAGUAAAGGGACUGAUGGAAGACACAGAAUAUAGGUUCCGUGUUAAGGCUGUCAACAUGAUUGGAGAAGGUGAGACAAGGGAAAUUCCAGAGUCUGUUAUUGCUAAGGACAUCCUCAUUCCUCCAGAAAUUGAGAUGGAUGCCACAUGUCAUGAACGUGUGACUGUCCGCGUUGGACAUAAUAUUAACAUUAUUGGAUAUGUGAAAGCAAGACCUGAUCCAGAAAUUACCUGGAGCAGGAGUGAAAAUGUUUUGGAAAGGGACAAGCGCACCACUCUGACAAAUAACUUUCCAGUUGUACAAAUGCGCAUCAAGGAAGCAACCAGAGCAGAUCAUGGAAAAUAUACACUCAAGGCUGUUAAUGAAACGGGAGAGGCCUCAGCUACAAUUACAGUAAAUGUACUGGAUAGACCUGGGCACUGCCAGAAUCUUAAGUUGACAUACGUAACCAAAAACUCUUGCAUGGUAUCCUGGGAUGCUCCUGAGGACAAUGGAGGCACUGAGAUUACAAAUUACAUUGUGGAAUGUCGAGAGCCAAGCAUACGAACCUGGUCAAUGAUAUCAUCUGACUGCACAAACCGCAUGGUAAAGGCAAAGCUCAUGGAAGGUCAUGAGUAUUUAUUCCGUGUUUCUGCAGAGAACAAGUGUGGUCCUGGACCAACUACAGAAACCAAAACACCCAUUCUUGCAAUUGACCCACUUCAGAAGCCAGGUGAGCCAGAGAACUUCCAUGUCAGUGAUGUUGGAAAGAACUUUGUUUUCCUUAAGUGGAGAAAACCAGAUUAUGAUGGUGGCAGCCCUAACCUGGGCUACAUUUUGGAGAAAAAACCUAAGGAUGCUGAAGAGUGGGAAAAGCUACAUGACAGUGACCUGAAAGACACUUUCUUCAUGGUAGACAAAUGUGUCGAGAACCAUACCUAUCAGUUUAGAAUCAAGUCAACAAAUGAAGGAGGAACAAGCAACUGGGUUAAGACAUCUGAUGUUCUUGUGAAAGAAGUAGUUCAGAAACCGGUUCUUGACCUGAAAUUUUCUGGUACCAUUGUAGUUAAAGCAGGUGAAUCAGUUAGACUUGAAGCUGGACUUAGAGGAAAGCCGCAGCCUGAAGUUACAUGGGUGAAGGACAAGGAUGCAGGUGAUAACCCAAGGAUCAGUGUUGACACUGGACCAGAUUAUUCCAAGUUCCUCCUGAUUAAAUCUAAACGUAGUGAUACAGGAAAAUAUGUGAUCACUGCUACAAACUCAUCUGGGACAUUCAAUGCAUAUGCCAAUGUCUCUGUUUUGGACAUACCAGGACCUGUCAGAGAUUUGAAGGUUUCUGGGAUUUCUACAGACAAGUGCAGAGUUGUAUGGGAUCCUCCAGAGGAUGAUGGUGGUUGUGAGGUGGAUAGCUACAUUCUAGAGAAGUGUGAGACUAGAAGAAUGGUUUGGUCUACCUACUCUGCCUCCGUUGUCACCAAUUAUUGUAAUAUCACUCGCCUUGUUGAAGGAAAUGAGUAUAUAUUCAGGGUCAGAGCAGAAAACAAGAUGGGAACUGGUCCCUCAAUGGAGAGUAAGCCAAUUAUUGCUAAGACGCAAUACAACAGGCCUGGUCCACCUGAUUCACCUGAGGUCACUAAAAUUGGAAAAGAUGAGAUGACUGUUAUAUGGGCUCCUCCUGAGAAUGAUGGUGGAAAGUCUAUCACUGGUUACAUUUUGGAGAGAAAGGAGAAGCGGGCCGUUCGAUGGGUCCCUGUCACAAAGAGUCCUAUCUCAGAGAGGCGUAUGAAGGUCACUAAUUUGAUCCCUAACCACGAGUAUCAAUUCCGUGUCAAAGCGGAAAAUGAAGUAGGAUUGGGAGAUCCAAGCAAAGCAUCCAGACCUAUAACUGCAAAAGAUCCAAUUGAGCCCCCUGGACCACCUGGUAGCCUUAAAGUUAUCGACAGCACCAAGGCAUCGAUUACACUAAGAUGGGCAAAGCCUGUGUAUGAUGGUGGUGCUCCAAUUAUUGGAUAUCUGAUUGAAAUGAGGGAUAAGGUUGAAAUGGAGGGUGAACAAAAGAGAGAUCCAGAAGAAGGCUGGAAGAAAUGUAAUACUGGUGGACAGCUUGUCAUAACUGAAUUUACUAUUCUUAACUUGGACGAGAAACAGGAAUAUGAAUUCCGGGUUUCUGCUCAAAACCAAGUUGGCAUGGGCCGCCCUGCGAUACUCAAGGAUGCUGUAUCACCAAAGGAGAUCAAUGAGCCUCCAGAGAUUGAUCUUGAUGCCAGCCUAAGAAAAGGACUUAGCGUUAGAGCAGGGUGUCCCAUCAGACUUUUUGCUACAAUUAGGGGAAGACCAACACCUAAAGUGACCUGGAAGCGCCUGGGUGUUGACAAUGUCAUUAGAAGGGGCCAUGUGGAUCAGAUUGAUACAAUGACAUUCCUUGUGAUUCCUGAGUGCUCACGUGAAGACUCUGGCAAAUAUUCUUUGACACUUUCAAAUGCCUCUGGAGAAAAAGCUAUAUUUGUUCGUGUUAAAGUCUUAGAUACUCCUGGUCCUGUUGGUGGACUAGAAGCAACUGAUAUUACAAAGACGACAUCCCAACUUGCAUGGUUACCUCCAGAAAAUGAUGGUGGUAGCCCAAUCCUAAACUACGUUGUCGAAAAGCGUGAGGUAGACAGGAAAACAUGGACAAAUUGCACAAAUGACUUAAAGAAGACAAGCUUCAAAAUUACAAAUAUGACACCAGGAAUAGAAUAUUAUUUCCGGGUCAUGGCAGUUAACAAAUAUGGCUUAGGGGUGCCUCAAGAUUCUCCAAAGUCUUACUUGGCUACAGAUCCCAAGAGUGAGCCUGAUCCUCCAAAGAAGAUGGAUGUAUUGGAAAUUUCUAAAAACAGUGCAACUCUUGGAUGGUUGAAGCCACUUAGAGAUGGUGGGUCAAAGAUUAAUGGCUACAUUGUUGAAUACCAGGAGGAUGGUCAACCUGAGGACAAGUGGAAUUCAUACUCAGUUGUAAAAGACUUGACCAUUGUUGUAGCUGGACUGAAAGAAAACACUAAGUACAGAUUCAGGGUUGCAGCAAGAAACGCUAUAGGAUGCAGUUUGGCGAGAGAAGCUGAGGGCAUAUUUGAGGUCAAAGAACAGCUAUUGGCACCAAAGGUUAUCAUGCCUGAUGUGGUUACAGCAAAGGCAGGAUCUAAACUUUUAGUUGAGGCUCUUGUCUCUGGGAAGCCUGCACCAGUCACAAAAUGGAAGAGAGGCAAUGAUGACAUGGUUACAUCUGAUCGUCUCUUCAUACAAAAGACACCAACCACAAGUGCACUUAUGAUCAAAGAUGUCACAAGAAAGGAUAGUGGUUACUACAGCCUUUCUGUUGAAAACAACAUCUCUAAGGUCAACCAGAUUCUCAGAAUAAUCAUUAUGGAUAAACCUGGUCCUCCAGAGGGCCCUCUAGAAAUUCUUGAGGUAGACAUGGAUGCCUGUGCACUUGCAUGGAAUUCUCCUACUGAGGAUGGUGGCAGCAACAUAACUAACUAUGUUGUUGAGAAGUGUGAUGUGACCAGAGGUGACUGGGUCACAGUUGCAUCUUGUACCAAGACCAGCUGCAGAGUUGGAAAACUCACAGCUGGCAAUGAGUAUGGCUUCCGUGUACGUGCUGAAAAUCGUUUCGGCAUUUCAGAACCAAUUUACUCAGAGAAAAUGAUUGCUAGACAUCCAUUUGAUCCUCCCAGUGAGCCUAGGAACUGCUGUGUCAACAAGAUCAACAAGGAGUUUGUCUUGUUGUCCUGGGAGAAACCAGUGAACGAUGGUGGCAGUCCCCUCAUUGGAUAUUCCAUUGAGCGCAAAGAAAGAAAUAGCCUUCUAUGGGUCAAGGCAAAUGAAAUCCUUGUUCGCUCAACUGAGUAUACAUGCUCUGGCCUCUUUGAGGGCGUGGAGUACACAUUCAGAGUGUCUGCUGUCAACAAGGCAGGACAUGGCAAAUCAAGCAAGCAGACAGAUUUUAUCACUGCAAGAACACCCGUUGAUCCACCAGGUAAACCCGAAGUUCUUGAUGUGUCAAGAAAUUCUGUUUCUCUUGUGUGGAGUCGUCCAAAACAUGAUGGAGGCAGCAAACUUAUCGGUUAUUAUGUUGAGUCUCAGAAGGUUCCAGGUGACAAAUGGGUGAGAAUCAAUGCAAGCAGCCAAAAUGUACAAAAAGAAGAAUACAUUGUCUCUGGACUUGAGGAGGGAGCCCAAUACAAGUUCAGAAUAAUUGCAAAGACAGCAAUAAAUGUUAGUCUGCCUUCAGAGGAAUCAGAUGCUAUCCCAAUUAUUGCAGAGCAUGUUCCACCAAGAGUUGAGAUUGGCCUUGAAAUGAAGAGCUUAAUUGUUGUCAAAGCCGGAGCAAAUGUCUCCCUUGUGGCUGAUGUUUAUGGUAAACCAAUGCCAAAGGUCACAUGGAAGAGAGAUGGUGUUCCAUUGACAUUAGUUGAAGGUAUGAAAAUGACUCAGAAGAUACAUAUGUUCUGCCUGGAACUGUUCUCUGUGACAAGAAAGGAGUCUGGAGAGUACACAAUUGUUGCUGAGAACCCAAGUGGAACUAAGUCUGGCAAUAUUAAAUUGAAGGUUCUUGAUAAACCUGGACCCCCAGCAUCGGUGAAGAUAAGCCAUGUUUUUGCUGACCGGGUGAAACUGAGAUGGGAGCCACCUGUUGCAGAUGGUGGUUCUGAAAUCACAAACUACAUUGUUGACAAACGUGAAACGAGCAGAGCUAACUGGGCACAAGUUACUGCUAAUGUUGGUGGUCAAUCAACGGACUGUUCUGUGGAGAAACUUAUUGAAGGCCAUGAAUAUGAGUUCCGCAUCAGUGCUGAGAACAAGUAUGGUGUAGGAGACCCAAUUGUGACUAACUCUGUGAUCGCCAAGAAUCCAUUUGAUGUUCCAGGGCCAUGUGAACCUCCAGUUAUAACCAAUAUCACGAAGGAUCAUAUGACUGUUAGCUGGAAGGCUCCUGCUAAUGAUGGCAAGGCCACCAUUCUUGGAUAUAUGGUUGAGAAGCGUGAAGCUCAAGACCUCAACUGGGUUAAAGUGAAUAGAAGACCAGUUAUUGACAGGACAAUUAAAGCUGGUGGCCUCACAGAGGCAUCUGAUUAUGAAUUCAGAGUCAUUGCGAUCAAUAAAGCUGGUCUUGGCAAACCAAGUGAUCCAUCAGCUGGUGCACUUGCAUUAGACCCAGUGUAUCCUCCUGGACCACCUGCAUUUCCAAAGGUCAUUGACUCUACACAUAGUUCAAUCAGUCUGUCCUGGACCAAGCCCGCCUAUGAUGGAGGGUGUGAAAUCCUAGGCUACCUUGUUGAGUUCAAGAGAGCAGAUGCAGAAGAUUGGAUGAAGUGCAAUGUACCUAAGAAUCUCCAGGCAACAAAAUUUGUUGUUACUGGUCUUCUGGAUAACACGGAGUACCAGUUCCGUGUCACUGCUGUAAACAAGAUUGGAUUUGGGGAGCCAAGUGAAGUUCCUGGAAAACAUAUGGCAAAGGAUAUCCUACUUGCCCCUGAGGCUGAGCUUGAUGCAGAUCUCAGAAAGGUACUAGUUUUGCGUGCUGGAGUCACAAUGAGAAUUUAUGUACCUCUGAGAGGGCGUCCUGCUCCGAAGGCAACAUGGACUAAGGUCAAUGCGAAUUUGAAGGAGAGACAGGGUCUUAUGAUCAAUACAACUGAAUGGGAUACCUUUCUUUAUUGUGAGGAUAUCAACAGAUAUGAUGCUGGCAAAUAUGUCCUAACUCUAGAAAACAGUAGUGGUACCAAGUCCUAUACCAUUGUUGUCAAAGUACUAGACACGCCUGGACCACCACUUAAUCUGAUUGUUAAGGAGACCUCAAAGGACCAUGUGUCCAUUACUUGGGAUGCUCCAUUAAUUGAUGGUGGUAGUCCAGUCAAGAGCUAUGUUGUUGAAAAACGUCUGGCAGAGAGAAAGGCAUGGACUUGUGUUGCUCCUGAGUGUCCCAAGACAUCUUUUAGAAUUACUAAUCUUGAAGCUGGUAAAGCUUACUGUUUCCGAGUCCUAGCUGAAAAUAUAUAUGGCAUUGGUGAGGGUUGUGAGACAGCUGGACCAGUCAAAGCCUCAGAGCGACCUGGACCAGUUACAGAUUUUAAACCAUCAGAGGUCACCAAGAAUUAUUGCACUCUUGGCUGGAAGAAACCAAUAAGUGAUGGUGGAAGUCACGUUGUUGCAUAUGCUCUAGAGAUCUGUGAAGGUGAAGACAAAUGGAAGCUGCUCAUGAAGUCCAAGCUCACACAUUACACAAUGAAUGAUCUUGAUGAAGGAAAGGAGUACAAUUUCAGAGUAAAAGCCAUAAAUGAAACAUCUGAAGGACUCCCAACAGAGCUCACUGUCUUGGCUAAAGAUCAAAUCGUCCUGCCAGACUUUAACCUUAAAGGCUUGCAAGACUCUAGCUAUGUGGCAAAGGAAGGAAGCACUGUUCGUCUUAAUAUCUGUAUUAUUGGUAUCCCUGCUCCAGCUGUCACUUGGAAAAAGGGUGAUGUUACUUUAUCAGAUAGUGGCAGAAUCUCAGUUGAAUCAACUGCAACAAACACAAUCUUGCUGAUUCGUGAUUGCCACAGGGGUGAUGCUGGCAAAUUUAUUAUAAAUUUAAGAAACAGUGCUGGAACUAAGGAAGCAGCUAUUGACUUAAAGGUUGUUGGUAAGCCUGGAGUCUGCACAGGUCCCAUCAAGUUUGAUGAAAUCACGGCAGAAGCAAUUACUGUUGAAUGGGGUCCACCCAAGGAAGACGGUGGAUCAGAAGUUAGCAACUAUUUUUUGGAAAAGAGGCAUUCUACUGCUAACAAAUGGGUGACAGUUGCCUCUGCAAUUCAGAAGAACUCUAUGAGGGUUACAAGACUUCAUGAUGGAACAGAAUAUAUCUUCAGAGUUUGUGCCGAAAAUAAAUAUGGAAUUGGAGAGUUCCUCAGAUCUGACCCAGUGGUUGCUAAACAUCCAUUUAAUUCACCAGAGGCUCCGGCACCACCUGAGGUUAUGAGCAUUCGUCAUGAGUCUGCUAUCCUAACAUGGUCUGAUCCAAAAGAUACUGGAGGCUCACCUAUCACAGGAUAUUAUGUGGAAUUCAAAGAUAGAAAUAGUUUGAUGUGGAAGAGAUCCAGCAAGACACCUUUGAGAGUAAAAGAAUGCAGAGUGACUGGUUUGAUUGAAGGCCUAGAAUAUGAAUUUAGGGUAAUAGCUAUAAAUGUAGCUGGACUCGGAAAGCCAAGCAAAACUACAGAAUCACUCGUUGCUCUUGAUCCAAUUGAUUCUCCUGGCAAACCUGAUGUGAUCAGUGUCACAAGAAACAGUGUAACGCUCAUUUGGACUGCACCCAAGUAUGAUGGCGGCCACAGACUGACAGGGUAUAUUGUUGAGAAAUUAGAGCAUCCAGGAAAGGUGUGGAUGAAGGCCAAUCAUGUCAAUGUCCAAAGCUGUGCAUACACCGUAACAGACCUACAGGAAGGCUGUACUUGUGAAAUCAGAAUAAGGGCUAAGAAUGCAGCUGGAGCAAUAAGUGCUCCCUCAGAGGCAACUGAGCCUCUUGUCUGCAAAGAUGAAUAUGAACCACCAACUAUCACAAUCGACCCUGAAAUGAAGGAUGGUGUGACUGUGAAGGCUGGAGAAACAAUUGUCAUAACUGCAUCAAGCAUUCUUGGCAAACCACCUCCUACAGCUGUGUGGUCUAAGGGAGGAAGAGAAUUCAAGUCUUCAGAUGUUGUCCAAAUUACAAACACUCCCACAUCUUCAAGUUUGUCUAUUAAGUAUGCCAGCAGAAAGAACACUGGAGAGUACACAAUUACCGCAAGCAAUCCAUUUGGUAUCAAAGAAGAAAAAGUUAAAGUAAAAAUCCUAGAUGUACCUGGACCUCCAGGUCCUAUUGAACCCAGCAGUGUCUCUGCUGAAAAAUGCACAUUGACAUGGUUGCCACCAGAAGAAGAUGGUGGUAGCAGUAUCAAGUCAUAUAUAAUAGAAAAGAGAGAAACCAGCCGCCUUCUCUGGACAAAGCUUGCUGAAAAUGUUAUGGAUUGCCGCUAUAUUGCUAGCAAGCUGAUUAAGGGAAAUGAAUACAUAUUCCGUGUUUCAGCAGUCAAUCAAUAUGGCAUUGGUGACUCAACACCAUCUGGUCCAGUUAAAAUGGUUGAUAGCUUCGGACCCCCUGGGCCACCGUCAAAACCAAAUAUUGAUAAUGUCAGUAAAAAUGCUGUAACAAUUUCCUGGAAGAGACCAGCUGUGGAUGGAGGAAGUGACAUAAGAGGCUAUAGUGUUGAAAGAAAAGAGAGAAGAGGCAUGAGAUGGGUGAGAGCCUCAAAGAAGUCAAUUUCUGAUCUACGUUAUAAGGUAUCAGGCCUGACAGAGGAAGUUGAAUAUGAAUUCCGAGUGACUGCAGAGAAUAAGGCUGGUUUUGGUGAACCCAGUGAGCCGUCUCAACCUGUAAUGACAAAGGAUAUCGCAUAUCCACCUGGGCCUCCAUCCAACCCUAGAAUUACUGACACUACCAAAACAACAGCUACAUUUAACUGGGGUAGACCCUUCUAUGAUGGUGGACUCGAAGUGUCCGGAUACAUUGUUGAACAUAAAAAGGAAGGAGAUGAUGAUUGGGUUCAAGACACAACUACUCCAUUGAGAAUAACUGAAUUUGUAGUUUCAAAUCUACAAUCAGGAGGAAAAUAUUAUUUCAGAGUCAAAGCAAUAAAUUCAGAAGGACUUGGUGAACCCUCUGAAGUUGAACAAGUUGUAGAACUUGUGGAUCGAGAGGAGAUUCCUGACUUUGAACUUGAUGCAGAGCUUAGAAGAACACUUGUUGUAAAGUCAGGUGCUUCAAUCCGCAUAUUUGUACCAAUCAAGGGCCGACCAGCUCCAGAGGUAACAUGGUACAAGGAAGAUGUACCUCUUAAAGGUCGUGCUCAUAUUGACACUACUGAAUCAUACACUCUAAUGGUUAUCCCUGAGUGUACAAGAUAUGAUGCUGGUAAAUAUGUGCUAGCAUUAGAGAAUGUUGCCGGUAAGAAGACUGGAUUUGUCAAUGUUCGCGUUGUUGACACCCCAGGUCCUCCAGUAAAUUUGAAGCCAAGGGAAAUCACAAAACAUAGCAUCACUCUACAAUGGGAGAUUCCAAUUAUUGAUGGUGGUUCAAAGAUAACAAAUUAUAUUAUUGAGAAGCGUGAAGCAACACGAAAGGCCUAUUCAACCGUCACUGCAAAUUGGCAGAAAUGCUCCUACAAGAUUCCAGACUUGGAAGAGGGAGAUGAAUAUUAUUUUAGAGUUUUAGCAGAGAAUGAAAGGGGCAUUGGUGAACCAGCGGAGACACCUGAACCUAUCAGAGCUUCUCAGGCUCCUUCUGCACCAGAUAAUUUAAUUGUUUCAGAUGUAUCUAAGGACACAGCAACUCUUGCAUGGACUAAACCAAAAUAUGAUGGUGGAAGUCGAAUCACUGGUUAUGUGAUAGAGGCCCAGCAGAAAGAUUCUGAUCAAUGGAUCCAUGUGACAACAAUUAAAGCUUUGGACUACACUGCAACAGAAUUGGUGGAAAAUGCAGAAUAUGUGUUCCGCAUCUUUGCUGUGAACAGCUCAGGCAGGAGUGAACCUCGUGAGAGCCGACCAGCUGUAAUCAAGGACCAAAUCACAUGUCCAGGAUUUGACCUUAGAGGCAUAUAUCAGAAGAUGGUGGUAGCUAAAGCAGGUGAUAAUAUUAAAGUGGAAAUCCCAGUUCUGGGCCGUCCAAGACCACUUGUUGUAUGGAAGAAAGAAGAUGAGGAACUUAAACAGACACAGAGAAUAAACAUUGAAAAUACAACAACUUCUACAAUACUCAACAUUAAUGAAAUUAAGAGGAAAGAUGGAGGACAGUAUUCAAUGACAGGAAAAAAUAUCUUAGGAACUGUGACUGAAACCAUAACUGUUCAAGUACAUGAUAUCCCAGGACCUCCAACUGGACCAAUAAAGUUAGAUGAAGUUUCUUGUGACUAUGUUCUAAUAUCAUGGGAAGCUCCAGAAAACGAUGGAGGAGUGCCUAUUAAUAACUACAUUGUUGAGAUGCGUGAGACCACAGGAACAUCAUGGGUGGAACUGGCGGCAACUGUUAUCCGCACAACAUUUAAAGCUGCACGCCUUACAACUGGAAUCGAAUAUCAGUUCCGUGUUAAAGCUCAGAAUCGAUAUGGUGUUGGUCCAUACUUAACAUCAGCACCAGUGGUGGCUGCUUAUCCAUUUGAUGUUCCAGGGCAGCCAGGAAUUCCACAAAUAGCUGCCUUCACCAAGGAUUCAAUGACAAUCAGCUGGAAUGAACCCUCCUCAGAUGGAGGUAGUACAAUUUUGGGAUAUCACAUUGAAAGGAAAGAGAAGAACAGCAUUCUCUGGCAGAGGAUCAGCAAAGCUCUAGUGAUUGGCAAUAUAUUUAAAUCCUCAGGUUUGAUGGAUGGUAUUGCAUAUGAAUUCCGUGUUAUUGCAGAAAAUCUGGCUGGUCUCAGCAAAGCAAGCAAGCCAUCUGAGAUGACAUAUGCACUUGAUCCCAUAGACCCCCCUAGUCAACCAGUGGCACUUAAUAUAACCAGACAUGAAGUUACUCUUCAGUGGACAAGGCCAGAGGGUGAUGGUGGCUUUUCAAUAACUGGAUAUACAGUAGAAAAAAGAGAGCUGCCCAAUGGUCGCUGGCUCAAAGCCAACUUCAGCAACAUUCUUGAGACAAACUUUACUGUAAGUGGUCUAACAGAAGAUGCUUCUUAUGAAUUUCGUGUAUUAGCAAGGAACUCAGCUGGAGCUGUCAGCAAACCAUCUAAACAUUCAGAGGUCAUUGUCUGCAGAGAUGAUAUUGAGGAGCCAAAGAUUGAUGUUGAUGCAAGUUUCAGUAGUGUUGUAGUAGUCAAGGCAGGAGAGGUGUUCAAGCUAGAUGCAAAAGUUAAAGGCCGCCCAAUUCCAUGCUUGGUUUGGACUAAAGAAGAGAAGGAGCUUGAUGACACAGCAAAACUAGAGAUCAAAACAUCCGAUUUCUAUUCUUGUUUGAUUAACAAAGAUUCUUUACGUAGAGAUGGUGGUGCAUACACUCUAACUGCUAGCAAUCCUGGAGGAUUUUCCAAAUUUGUGUUCAAUGUUAAAGUUCUUGACAGACCUGGCCCACCUGAGGGACCACUACAUGUCACAGACAUGACAAUAGAGAAAUGUAUUCUGUCAUGGCUACCACCACUUCAUGAUGGAGGAGCAAAGAUUGAAUAUUACAUCAUUCAAAGACGUGAAACAAGUAGGCUUACUUGGACAAAUGUAGCCACAGAUUUACAAGUAAACCGCUAUAAGGUUACCAAACUGCUGAAAGGAAAUGAAUAUAUAUUUAGAGUCAUGGCUGUGAACAAGUAUGGAGUUGGAGAACCUCUUGAAUCUGAGCCUGCAGUUGUCACCAACCCAUAUGUGCCAUCUGAUCCUCCACAGUCACCAGAAGUUACUUCUAUAACAAAAGAUUCAAUGGUGGUUUGUUGGGGACAUCCUGAACACAAUGGUGGAAGUAGCAUACAAACCUACAUCAUCGAGAGGAGAGAUAAAACUGGCCUUCGUUGGGUAAAAUGCAAUAAAAGAACAGUUACUGAUCUGCGCUUUAAAGUGUCAGGACUAACAUCUGGGCAUGAGUAUGAAUUCAGAAUCCUUGCUGAAAAUGCUGCUGGCUUAAGUGCCCCAAGCCCAUCAAGUCCAUUCUACAUGGCAUGUGACACAAUUUUCCAACCUGGACCCCCUGGAAAUCCAAGGAUUUUGGACACAACUAAGUCAUCCAUUACUAUUGCAUGGAAUAAACCAGUUUAUGAUGGUGGCUCAGACAUUACAGGAUAUAAUGUUGAAACAUGUCUGCCAGAAGAAGAUGAAUGGACGAUUGUCACUCCAAGGGAGGGUCUGACAGCAACAUCAUUCACUAUAACAAACCUUGUAGAAAACCAAGAAUAUAAGAUUAAUAUUUCAGCUCUCAACUGUGAGGGUGUCGGAGAACCUGCCACUGUGCCUGGUUCACCUAAAGCAGAGGACAGACUUCUUCCUCCUGAAAUUGAGCUUGACUCAGACCUUCGCAAAGUAGUAAACAUCAGAGCAUGCUGCACCUUGAGAUUAUUUGUGCCAAUUAAAGGAAGACCUGCACCAGAAAUUAGAUGGUCAAGGGAAAAUGGUGAACCCCUUGAUAGAGCAUCCAUUGAGAUUACACCAUCCUUCACCACUCUGCUUAUUGAGAAUGUUGACAGGUUUGAUGGUGGAAAAUAUGUUUUAACUGUGGAAAACAGUUCAGGAGUUAAAACAGCAUUUGUAAAUGUCCGAGUGCUUGACACUCCUGGUGCACCACAAAACCUUUCAAUCAAAGAAAUCAAAAAAGAUUCAGUUUCACUUAUCUGGGAUCCUCCAAUCAUUGAUGGAGGCUCAAGAAUCAGGCAUUACAUUGUUGAAAAACGUGAAUCAACAAGAAAAGCAUACUCAAUUGUUAAUGCUUGUUGUCCCAAAACAAGUUGGAGAAUUGGGGACUUGCAAGAGGGAAACAUGUAUUGCUUCAGAAUUCUGGCUGAAAAUGAAUAUGGUGUUGGUCUUCCAAUUGAGACAGCAGAGGCUAUCAAAAUCUCUGAGAGGCCUCUUCCUCCUGGCAAAGUAACUCUAAAGGAGGUAACUGGCAAUAGUGUAACUCUGUCUUGGGAGAAGCCAGACCAUGAUGGAGGAAGCAGAAUUACUGGUUAUAUUGUUGAAAUGCAAGGGAAAAACAGUGAAAAAUGGACUCAAGUAAUGACAGUUAAAGUAACAGAGGCAGUUGUUAUUGGUCUGACACAAGGUGAAGAAUAUUCCUUCCGCAUAUCAGCAACUAAUGAAAAAGGAACCAGUGAUCCACGUCCACUCAGUGUCCCAGUGGUUGCUAAGGAUGUUGUUAUUACUCCUGCUUUCAAACUUUUAUCCAGCACAUACAGUGUUCUUGCAGGUGAUGAUCUUAAGAUUGAUGUGUCUUAUGUUGCUCAGCCCAAGGCAGGAGUUACCUGGCAUAAAGAUGGUGUAGCUCUAAAAGAGACAACAAGAGUAAAUACUGAAGUAGCAGAUAGACACCUUUACCUUUUGAUAAAAGAAGCCACACGGGAUGAUGUGGGCAAAUAUACUAUUAAACUGACAAACUCAGCUGGUGAAGCUUCAGCAGAUAUAAAUGUCAUUGUACUUGAUAAACCUGGACCUCCAACUGGCCCAAUAAAAUUUGAUGAAGUAACUGCAGACAGUGUAAUACUAUCAUGGCAGCCUCCAGAGUAUGAAGGUGGAUGUACCAUUAAUAACUACAUUGUGGAAAAGAGAGACACAUCCACCACAAACUGGCAGAUUGUGUCUGCAACUGUUGCCAGAACAACAAUCAAAGCUGCAAGACUUAAGACUGGCUGUGAGUAUCAAUUUAGAAUUGCUGCUGAAAAUAGGUAUGGAAAGAGUUCAGUUCUUCUUUCUGAGCCUGUUGUUGCACAGUAUCCCUUUGAAAUCCCAAGUUCACCGGGAACACCCACUGUACAAUCUGCUACUAAAGAAAGUAUGGUUAUUGUGUGGAACAAACCUAGUUGUGAUGGCGGAAGCAAGAUUUUGGGGUAUCACAUUGAGAGUAAGGAAAGAAACAGCCUCCUGUGGGUGAAACAAAACAAAACAUUAAUUCCAGACACAAGAUUCAAGAUAGGUGGCCUUGAAGAGGGAAUUGAAUAUGAAUUUAGAGUUUAUGCUGAGAAUAUCGUUGGUCUUAGCAAAGCAAGCAAAGUAUCAGAAAUCCAAGUGGCAAGAGAUCCGUGUGAUACUCCAGGCAAACCUGAAGCAGUGAUUGUCACAAGAAGCUCUGUAACACUCAGGUGGACACCGCCACAGUUUGAUGGUGGCAGCAAAAUCACUGGAUAUGUAAUUGAGAAGAAAGAGUUGCCUAAUGGCCGCUGGAUGAAAGCUACUUUUGCUAAUAUUAUUGAGACUGAAUUUGUUGUAAGUGGCUUGGUAGAGGAACAGCAGUAUGAGUUCCGUGUCAUUGCAAGAAAUGCUGCAGGUGUGUACAGUGCCCCAUCAGAAAGUACUGGUGCAAUCACCGCAAAGGAUGAAGUAGAACCACCUAAAAUUGACUUAGAUGCCAAAUAUUCUCAAACUGUUGUCGUUAAUGCUGGUGAAUCAUUUAAAGUUGAUGCAGGGAUACUUGGCAAACCAAUUCCGUCAGUUCACUGGAUAAAAGCUGGUGAAGAACUUACAAAUACUGCUAGACUUGAGAUCAAGAACACUGACUACAGAACUACUCUAAAUGUGAAGGAGGCUAUCCGUGUUGAUGGAGGCCAGUAUUCUUUGCUACUGAAAAAUGUUGGUGGAGAGAAAUUAGUAAAUGUCAAUAUCAAGGUUCUAGACAGACCUGGGCCUCCAGAUGGUCCAAUUUCAAUCUAUGGAGUUACCAGUGAAAAGUGCUGCAUUGCCUGGAAAACUCCAUUGCAUGAUGGAGGUGCCGAAGUGUCUUAUUACAUUGUUGAAAGAAGAGAGACCAGCAGAUUAGUUUGGACUGUUGUUGAAUCUAAAGUACAAACCCUUAAUCUUAAAAUCACAAAACUGCUUCCUGGAAAUGAGUAUAUUUUUAGAGUGAUCCCUGUAAAUAAAUAUGGAAUUGGUGAACCUCUGGAAUCUGAACCAGUGAUUGCAGCAAAUCCAUUUGUCCCACCUGAUGCACCAAGAGAUGUUGAAGUGUCCAAUGUAACAAAGGAUUCUAUGGUUAUUACAUGGGAAAGACCCAUUAAUGAUGGUGGCAAUGCCAUUACAGGAUAUAUAGUUGAAAAGAGAGACAAAGAAGGCAUUAGAUGGACAAGAUGCAACAAACGUGUAGUGAGUGAACUACGCUUUAGAGUAACAGGACUUCUUGAAAACCGAAGUUAUGAAUUCCGUGUGUGUGCUGAGAAUGCAGCUGGAGUUGGUAAACCAAGUUCUCCCACCGUGUAUUUCAAGGCAGUGGAUCCAGUCUUCAAGCCAGGUCCACCAAACAACCCCAAGGUUAUUGACGUCUCAAGAGCAACUGUUGUCCUGCAGUGGGGAAAACCUAUUUAUGAUGGUGGUUGUGAGAUUCAAGGCUAUAUUGUUGAAGCCUGUGAAGGUUCAUCCGAUGAAUGGAUGAUGUGCACACCGCCCUCAGGAAUAACAGAGACACGAUUUGAAGUUAAAAAACUUCUUGAAAAGCAUGAGUACACAUUCAGAGUCUGUGCCAUAAAUAAGGUUGGUGUUGGGGAAACGGCUGAUAUCCCAGGAUCCAUUUUCAUAGAUGAUAAACUCGAGGCACCAGAUAUUGAUCUGGAUGCUGAUCUAAGAAAGAUGAUCACCGUUAGGGCUGGAGGAUCUCUCAGAUUGUUUGUCCCUAUCCGUGGCAGACCCACUCCUGAAGUCAAGUGGGGAAAGGCUGAGGGUGAAAUCAAUGAGGCAGCACAAAUUGACAUUACAAGCAGUUACACUUCACUCAUCAUUGAAAAUGUUAACAGAUUUGACAGUGGAAAAUACAUUUUAACACUAGAAAAUAUAAAUGGAACAAAAUCUGCAUUUAUUAGUGUCAGAGUAUUAGAUACUCCUGAUGCACCUGCAAACUUCCGUGUGAAGGAAGUCACAAAGAAUUCAGUCACUCUUACCUGGGAGCCACCCUUGGUGGAUGGCGGAGCUAAAAUAAAAAAUUACAUUGUUGAAAAACGAGAAAGUACAAGAAAGGUAUACUCUGCUGUUGCUACCUGCAACAGGAUGACAUGGAAAAUUGAACCACUCCAAGAGGGCAACAACUAUUUCUUUAGAGUUAUUGCUGAAAAUGAACAUGGUAUUGGAUUGCCUGCAGAGACUCCAGAGCCCCUGAAAAUUUCAGAGGUGCCACAGCCCCCUGGUAAAGUUUUUGUAGUGGAUGUUACACGAAAGAGUGUAUCCCUCUCAUGGGAAAAACCAGAACAUGAUGGAGGCAGCAGAAUUUCCCACUACGAAGUUGAAAUGCAGGCAAAAGGUCAGGAUAAAUGGUCUCUAUGUGCUCAAGUGAAAUCCCUUGAUACUACUGUAACUAAUUUAGCCCAAGGUGAAGAGUACAAUUUUAGAGUUAUUGCUGUUAAUGACAAAGGAAAGAGUGAUCCUAGACUCCUCGCAAAUCCUGUUGUUGCAAAGGACCUCGCUAUUGAACCCUCAGUGAGAACAAAGCUUAGUACAUACAGUGUACAGGUUGGGCAAGAUUUUAAAAUUGAAGCAAGAAUUGCUGGUCACCCAAAACCAACCAUUACAUGGAUCAAAGACGGUUCAACUCUGAAACAGACUACAAGAGUAAAUGUUGCUGACACUGCACAUCAUACCACUCUUACCAUUAAAGAUGCAACAAGAGAAGAUGGUGGUAUGUACAACAUUGCUGUGGCUAAUGUGCUUGGCCAAAAGGAAAUAACUGUUGAAAUAAUCAUACUUGAAAAACCUGGCCCACCAACAGGACCAGUCAAGAUUGAUGAAGUAAGUGCAGAAAGCAUUACAUUAUCUUGGGACCCACCAACAUACACUGGAGGCUGCCAGAUUUCAAAUUAUAUUGUCCAAAAGAGAGACACCACCACCACCAACUGGGUAGUUGUUUCUGCAACAGUGGCAAGGACUAUACUUAAAGUAGGCAAUUUGAAAACUGGAGCUGAAUACCAGUUCAGGAUCUUUGCUGAGAAUAGAUAUGGUAAAAGCUAUGGCAUUGACUCAGAGCCAGUUCUUGCCCAGUAUCCUUUCAAAGAGCCUGGGCCUGCAGGAACCCCAUUUGUGUCUGCAUUCACAAAAGACUCAAUGGUUGUUGAAUGGCACAAACCAGUCUCAGAUGGUGGAAGUGCUAUCCUAGGAUAUCAUCUUGAGAGAAAGGAAAAGAAUAGCAUUCUUUGGACAAAGAUCAAUAAAACACUUAUUCAAGACACCAGGUAUAAAACAUCUUCAUUGGAGGAGGGCAUUGAAUAUGAGUUCAGAGUCUAUGCUGAAAACAUAGUUGGAAUUGGACAGUGCAGCAAAAUCUCUGAGGGUUGUGUGGCAUGUGACCCAUGUGACCCACCAGGCACACCUCUGCCAGUGAUUGUGACAAGGCACUUAGUGAAACUCAGAUGGACACCACCAGAAUAUGAUGGAGGCAGUCUUGUCACUGGAUAUGUUGUUGAGAAACGAGACAUUCCAGACGGCCGCUGGAUGAAAGCUAGUUUUGCAAACAUUCUUGAAACUGAAUUUUCUGUCACAGGCCUGAUAGAAGACUGCAAAUAUGAUUUCAGGGUCAUUGCCAGAAAUGCAGCUGGCUCAAUCAGUAAACCCUCUGAGAGCACAGGCUCCAUUACAGCUAAGGAUGAGGUUGAACCACCAAACUAUGAGAUUGCAUCAGAGUACAGCCAGAUUUUGACGGUGAAUGCUGGAGAAACAUUUACACUGGAAGCAUCUGUAGUAGGAAAGCCAACUCCAGCAAUCCAUUGGUUCAAGGGUGAUGUGGAAGUUGAAAAUUCAGCAAGAGCUGAGAUCAAGAACACUGACUUCAAAGCCAUUCUUGUUGUCAAAGAUGCCAUUAGAAUUGAUGGAGGACAGUACACAUUGCACCUUACUAAUGUGGCUGGAACAAAGUCUGUUUCUUUCAAUGUAAGGGUGCUUGAUAGACCUGGACCCUCUGAAGGGCCUUUAACUGUCUCAGGUGUAACAUGUGAGAAGUGUUCAUUGUCAUGGCUUCCUCCACGGCAUGAUGGUGGCAGCACUAUUUCCCAUUAUAUCAUACAAAAGAGAGAAACAAGUCGUCUUGCUUGGACUGUAGUUUCAAGUGAUUGUGGAGCAACCAUGUUUAAAGUUACAAAGCUUCUAAAAGGAAAUGAAUAUGUCUUCCGUGUCAUGGCUGUCAACAAGUAUGGUGAAGGUGAACCUCUUGAAUCAGCACCAGUGAUUAUGAGGAAUCCGUUUGUUCGACCUGGGCCACCAAAAGAUAUAGAAAUAACAAAUAUUUCUAGAGACUCUAUGACGGUAUGUUGGAAUCGUCCUGAAACUGAUGGUGGAAGUGAGAUUGUUGGUUACAUUGUGGAAAAGAGAGACAGAGCUGGAGUUCGUUGGACAAAAUGUAACAAACGCAGAGUCACAGACUUACGUUUCAGGGUCACAGGCUUGACAGAGGAUCAUGAAUAUGAAUUCAGGUUAUCUACAGAAAAUGCUGCAGGAGUUGGCCAGCCAAGUCCACCAACUAUUUAUUACAAAGCUUGCGAUCCAACAUUCAAGCCUGGUUCACCAACUAAUGCACACCUUGUUGAUACUACAAAGAAUUCAGUCACCAUCGCGUGGAGUAGACCAAUAUAUGAUGGUGGCUUGGACAUCCAGGGCUAUGUUGUUGAGAUAUGUAAAGCUGAUGAAGAAGAAUGGACCACAUGUACCCCACCUUCUGGAUUAAAUGAUACUAAAUUUACAAUAACUAAGCUCACUGAACACCAAGAAUACAAAGUUCACAUAUGUGCCCUGAAUAAGCUGGGUGUUGGUGAGCCGGUGUCCAUCCAAGGGACCAUCAAGCCAGUGGAUAAGAUGAAUGCCCCCGAAAUUGAGCUUGACUCUGAGUUGAGGAAAGGUAUCGUUGUGCAUGCUGGAGGAUCUAUGAGAAUACACAUACCCUUAAAAGGACGCCCAGCUCCUGAAAUAAACUGGACCAAGGAUGAAGGAGAUUUACCAGAUAAAGCACAAAUAGAAAAGGGACCAGAUUACACCCAACUAUCAAUCGAUAUAUGUGACAGAAAUGAUGCUGGGAAAUAUACUCUAACUUUGGAAAACAGUGCUGGUAAAAAGUCAGCAUUUGUGUCAGUUAAAGUAAUGGAUACACCAGGUGCUCCACAGAACCUUGUUGUGAAAGAUAUAACUAGAAACUAUGUCACCCUUGUUUGGGAGCCUCCGCUUAUUGAUGGUGGUUCAAAAAUAAAAAAUUACAUUGUUGACAAGCGUGAAUCAAAUAGAAAAGGAUUUGCAAACAUUACUACUAAGUGCACCAAGACUAGCUUCCGAGUUGGUGAUCUUACAGAAGGUGGUAUUUAUUAUUUCAGAGUCAUGGCGGAAAAUGAAUUUGGUGUUGGUCUGCCUGUAGAAACAGAAGAAUCUGUAAAGACAGCUGAUCCUCCUCUAUCUGUUGGAAAGGUCACUUUGACUGAUGUGACAAAAUCUACAGCAACACUGUCCUGGGAUAAACCAGAUCAUGAUGGUGGAAGUAGAAUUUUAGGUUAUUAUAUUGAGAUGCAGCCAACAGGAUCAGAAGAGUGGAUAGUAGCUACAGUCACCAAAACAUGUGAGGGAACAGUUACUGGGCUUAGUUCAGGAAAAGAGUACCUCUUCAGAGUUUUUGCCUACAACGAGAAGGGAAAAAGUGAUCCAAGACCAUUAGCUGCUCCUGUCAUUGCCAAAGAUGUCACUUUUGAACCAGCCAUUAAAUUGCUUUCCAACACGUACAGUGUUCAAGCUGGUGAAGAUCUUAAAGUGGAAAUACCAUUUAAUGGCCGUCCAACUCCAAAGAUUUUAUGGAUGAAAGAUGGACAAGCGCUGAAAGAGACAACUAGAUUAAACGUCUCAAGCUCUGCAACAUUAACUGUUCUUAAAAUUAAAGAUGCCAAUAGAGAGGACUCUGGCAAAUAUACAGUCACAGCUACAAACAGUGUGGGAACAGUCACAGAGGACAUUGGCAUAAUCAUUCUUGACAAACCAGGUCCACCAGUUGGACCAGUCAAAAUUGAUGAAGUAAGUGUGAACUAUGUUACAAUCUCCUGGGAGCCACCAUUAUAUACGGGAGGUUGUCAGAUAAACAACUACAUAGUUGAAAAACGUGAUACUACCACUGUCAACUGGCAGAUUGUUUCAGCAACCAUUGCUCGUACCACAAUCAAAAUCUCUAAGCUGAAGACUGGUUCUGAAUAUCAGUUCAGAGUGUUUGCAGAGAACAGGUAUGGAAAGAGCACAUCCCUAGAUUCAACAGCAGUUGUUGUCAGUUAUCCUUUUACUGAGCCUGCAGCUCCUGCUGCACCAUUUGUUUCAUCAGUGACAAAAGACCACAUGGUCAUUGAAUGGAAACCCCCCAGCAAUAAUGGCGGUAGCCCUGUAAUUGGGUAUCACCUAGAGCGUAAAGAAAAGAAUAGUAUAUUAUGGACAAAACUUAACAAGCUUCUUAUCACUGACACUCGACUCAGAACAAAUGGUCUGGAGGAGGGAAUUGAAUAUGAAUACAGGGUGUAUGCUGAAAAUAUUGCAGGAAUCAGUCCAUCAAGUAAAGUCUCAGAAACUGUUGUUGCACGUGAUCCAUGUGAUGCCCCUGGAACUCCUGAGGCCAUUGUUAUUACAAGAAAGCUAAUAACUCUUCAGUGGAGUAAACCACAAUAUGAUGGUGGAAGUGCAAUCACAGGAUAUAUUGUUGAAAGGAAGAAACUGCCUGAAGGUCGUUGGAUGAAGGCCAGUUUUGCAAAUAUUAUAGACACACAAUUUACAAUAAGUGGAUUAGAAGAGGAACAGAUAUACGAAUUCAGAGUAAUUGCUCGAAAUGGAGCUGGUAUUUUAAGUGCACCCUCUGAAAGCACUGGACCAAUUACUGCUCAGGAUGAGAUUGAAGCUCCCUCAGUCUCCAUGGAUUCAAAAUUUAAAGAUGUUAUCAUUGUAAAAGCUGGUGAGAUCUUUACUAUUGAUGCUGAAAUUGCUGGCAAACCUCUCCCUGAUAUUAUGUGGCUUAAGGAUGGAAAGGAAAUUGACAGUUCUACACCCAGAAUGGAGAUUAAAUCCACCAUAACACAGACAGUUCUGACUGUUAAGGACUGCAUCAGGGUAGAUGGCGGACAUUUUGUCUUGAGUCUUAGUAAUGUUGGUGGAACAAAGCUGGUACCUGUUAAUGUCAAGGUUCUUGAUAGGCCUGGUCCACCUUGUGGCCCUUUGAAAGUAACUGGUGUCACAGCAGAAAAAUGUUAUUUGCACUGGAGCCACCCAUCACAUGAUGGUGGAGCUAGUAUUUCUCAUUACAUUAUUGAAAAAAGGGAAACAAGCAGGCUUUCUUGGACAGUAGUGGAACCAAAAAUUCAAGCCAUCAGUUAUAAAGUCACUAAACUCUUACCUGGUAAUGAGUAUAUAUUUAGGAUCAUGGCAGUGAGCAAGUAUGGUAUUGGUGAGCCACUUGAAUCUGAACCUGUCGCUGCAAAAAAUCCAUUCAACCCAUCCAGUCCACCCUCAACUCCAAAGGCAAGUGCAAUCACUAGAGACUCUAUAGUCCUUACAUGGGAACGGCCAGAGAAUGAUGGUGGAUCACAAAUUGAGAGUUAUACUCUUGAGAAACGUGAUAAAGAGGGUAUUCGGUGGUCAAAAUGUAACAAGAAAAGACUGAAUGACUUGCGUUUCAGAGUCACUGGUUUGACAGAGGGACACUUCUACGAAUUCAGAGUAUCUGCUGAAAAUGCUGCUGGUGUAAGCACACCAAGUGAACCAUCUGAGUAUUACAAGGCUUGUGAUGCAACUUAUCCUCCUGGCCCUCCUAACAAUCCUAAAGUGACAGACCACUCAAGCACAACUGUUUCCCUGGCAUGGAGUCGACCAAUUUAUGAUGGUGGGGCAGCAAUCUCAGGAUACAUUGUUGAGAUAAAGGAAGCCAAUGUAGAUGAAUGGACGGUAUGCACUCCACCAACUGGUGUACAAGCAACUCACUACACUGUCAAAAAACUAAAGGAAAAUGCAGAAUAUAACUUCCGCAUUUGUGCAAUUAAUAUUGAGGGUGCUGGAGAGCAUGUUGAUAUUCCAGGGUCUGUAAUUGCUUCAGAAAAACUUGAAGCUCCUGAGGUAGAACUUGAUACAGAUCUUAGGAAAAGUGUGACUGUGCGUGCCAGUGCGACACUACGCUUAUUUGUCACGAUAAGGGGAAGGCCUGAGCCUGAGGUUAAGUGGACAAAGGUAGAUGGUACAUUAACAGAGCGGGCUCAAAUUGAAGUUACAGGCUCGUACACUGUGCUUGUCAUUGACAAUGUUAACCGCUUUGACACUGGCAAGUAUGUAGUGACUCUAGAAAACAUUAGAGGCUCAAAAUCUGCAUUUAUUAAUGUUAAAGUCCUUGACUCUCCAAGUGCUCCAGUGAACUUUGAAAUUAAGGAUGUAAAGAGAGAUUCUGUGCAGUUACAGUGGGAGCCUCCACAAAUUGAUGGUGGAGCCAAGAUUACCCAUUACAUUGUAGAGAAGCGUGAAUCUAAAAGAAUGGCAUUCACAACUGUGACAAACAACUGUGUCAGGAAUUCGGUCAAAGUUGACGAUCUCCAAGAAGGAGGUCUGUACCACUUCCGUGUAUUAGCUGUGAAUGAACUUGGUGUUGGCUUGCCUGCAGAGACCACAGAUGCAGUGAAAAUCUCCCAAGCACCCUUACCACCUGGUAAAAUUACAGUUGUUGAUGUAACCCGCCACACUGUUACUCUUGCAUGGGAAAAGCCAGAUCAUGAUGGUGGCAGUAAAAUUACAGGCUACACAGUGGAAAUGUUAACUAAGGGAUCAGAUAAAUGGACUGUGUGUGCUACAGUAAAGGCACUGGAAGCCAUAAUUGAAGGACUUACAACAGGAGAGGAAUACAGCUUCAGAAUAACAGCUCUUAAUGACAAAGGAAAGAGUGAUCCUAAGCCACUGGGAGCACCUGUGUGUGCAAAGGAUAUUACGAUUGAACCAAUUAUUGAUUUGGUUUUUAACACUUACAGUGUAAAAGCUGGAGAUGAUCUCAAAAUUGAUGUUCCAUUCAGAGGCAGACCACAUCCAGAGGUCACAUGGAAAAAGGAUGGUCACUCAUUAAAACAAACAACCAGAGUAAAUGUUCUGACAUCAAAGACAUCAUCUAAGAUUGUCAUCAAGGAUGCAACAAGGGAGGAUGUAGGAAAAUAUGAAAUUAGAUUAGCCAACACAUUUGGUGUUAAAUCAGCAGAAAUAUCUGUCAUUGUUCUUGAUAAACCAGGUCCACCAGGUGCUAUCAAAGUAGAUGAAGUAAGUGCUGAUUUUAUUUCAUUAUCAUGGGACCCUCCGAUUUAUGAUGGUGGCUGUCAAAUUAAUAAUUAUGUGGUUGAGAAGAGAGAUACAACCACGACAGCAUGGCAAAUCGUUUCAGCAACAGUUGCAAGAACAUCAAUGAAAGUAAGUCGUUUGACACAAGGAACAGAAUAUCAGUUCCGUAUUGCUGCGGAGAAUCGUUAUGGUAAGAGCCAUGCAAUUGACUCUGCCCCAAUAGUUGCACAGUACCCCUUCACACCUCCAGGCCCUCCAACAAGUCUUCAAGUUUCUCAUGCCACUAAAUUAGGAAUGCUAGUUACAUGGAACAGACCACCAAGUGAUGGUGGAAGUCCAGUUAUUGGAUAUCACUUGGAAUGCAAAAACCAAAGCAGCCUUCUCUGGACAAAGAUUAACAGAGGUCUUAUUACAGAAACUCAGUUCAAGGUUACUGGUUUGGAAGAAGGCCUCUUCUAUCAGUAUAGAAUAUAUGCUGAGAAUAUUGCAGGCAUUGGACCUUGCACAAAGGCUUGUGAUCCUGUUGCUGCUCGAGAUCCAUGUGAUCCUCCAGGCCAGCCAAUAGUGAUGAACAUCACAAGAACAACUGUUUCUCUCUCUUGGGCAAAACCGGAGUAUGAUGGUGGAGCCAAGUUGACUGGUUACAUUGUUGAACGAAGAGAACUUCCAGAUGGCCGGUGGUUAAAAUGUAAUUUUACUAAUCUUCAGGAAACUUUCUUUGAUGUGACUGGCCUGAUUGAAGAUCAAAGAUAUGAUUUCCAUGUUAUUGCAAAGAAUGCAGCUGGUUUACUCAGUGAGCCAUCAGAGGGAACAGGACCUGUAACUGUAAAAGAUGAUGUUGAUCCACCACGCAUCACAAUUGAGGACAAGCUAAGGCAACUGGUUGUAGUUAAGGCUGGAGAUAUAUUGAGAAUUGAUGCUGAAAUUUCUGGACGUCCAAUUCCUGUGAUUUUGUGGGCAAAGGAUGGGAAAGAAAUUGAAGCCAAGGCCAGAGUUGAGAUUUCUUCAACACUUACUAGUACAACACUAAUUGUAAGAGAUGCCAUUAGACGAGACUCUGGACAAUAUGUUCUAACAUUACAGAAUGUUGCUGGCACCAGAUCUUUAGCAGUGAACUGUAAGGUCCUGGAUAGGCCUGGUCCAUCAUCUGGGCCACUGGAAGUAAGUGGUGUAACUGCAGAGAAAUGUACAUUGACCUGGGGACCACCUCAAGAAAAUGGUGGUGCUGAAAUUCAGCAUUACAUAGUUGAGAAACGUGAGACAAGCCGGCUUGCCUGGACUCUGGUCUAUGCAGAGAUGAAGGCCACAACAUGUAAAGUAACAAAACUGCUCAAAGGUAAUGAAUAUAUAUUUAGAGUUCGGGGUGUUAAUAAAUAUGGAAUCGGUGAAGUUCUGGAGAGUGAUCCCGUUAAGGCAAUGGAUCCAUUUACAGUCCCUGCUCCACCAACAAAUGUUGCGGUCACUAGUAUUACAGGUGAAGCAAUGACAAUCUGCUGGGAAAGACCUGUCUCUGAUGGAGGUAGUAGUAUUUCUGGCUAUGUAAUUGAGAAAAGUGAGAAAUCUGGUCUUCGUUGGGUCCGUGUCAACAAAAAGCCUGUUUAUGACUUAAGAGUCAAAGCUUCCAAUCUUCGUGAAGGAUGUGAAUAUGAAUAUCGAGUCUAUGCAGAGAAUGCAGCUGGUUUGAGUGUGCCAAGUGUGCCUUGCCCCCUCACAAAGGCAGAAGAUCCAUUAUUCCUACCAUCACCUCCAGCUAAACCUAAAGUAAUCGAUUCUACAAAAACAUCAAUAACACUCUCUUGGAACAAGCCAUUGUUUGAUGGUGGCUCUCCAGUCACAGGAUACAUGGUUGAAUACAGGAAAACCAAUGAUGACGACUGGACAGUUGGAGUCAAUAACACCACAAGCACAGAGUUCACAAUGGUUGGACUCACAUUAGGGGCAGAGUAUGUCUUUGUAGUCAGAUCGAUUAACAAGAUUGGCCCAAGUGAACCAAGCCCUGAAACUGAUCCACAGAUAGCAAAGGACAGAGAAGAUGAGCCAGUCUUCCUUAUUAGUAAUGAAAUGAGAAAGACACUGAUUGUCAAAGAUGGCAGCUCAUUUACCCUUAAAGUUCCAUUCAAGGGAAAGCCUAUACCACAUGUCAUGUGGAACAAACCAGAUGUUGAUCUGAGAGUUCGGGCAGCUAUUGAUACCACUGAUAACUGCACAUCUAUCACAAUUGAGCAAGCUACAAGAGAUGACUCAGGCAAAUACACUGUAGCCCUCCAAAAUGUAGCUGGAACUGCUACACUGACAUUGAGUGUAAAAGUCCUUGAUUCUCCUGGACCACCAGCCCGUAUUGAAGUUAAGGAAGUCACCAAGAGCUCUGCAACUAUUACAUGGGACACCCCUGAAAAUGAGGGUGGUGCUCCAGUCAAGAACUACCUUGUUGAUCUCCGUGAGGCAACUAAAAUGGGAUGGACCAGGAUUACAGACAGUUGCCACCGCCUGACUUAUAAACUGACUGACCUUCAAGAAGGAGGUGUUUAUUAUUUCAGAGUAACUGGAGAAAAUGUUUAUGGUAUAGGAGUGCCAAUUGAGACAAAAGAAGGAACUAAGAUUACAGAAAAACCAAGUCCACCACCCAAGCUUGGCGUCACAGAUGUCUCAAAAGACAGUGUCUCACUAGCUUGGCUUAAACCAGAACAUGAUGGUGGUAGCAGAAUCACAAAUUACCUUGUCGAGGCUCUUGAGAAAGGGCAGCAGAAGUGGAUAAAGUGUGGUUCCACCAAAUCAACUCACUUUGUUGUCUAUGGAUUGAGAGAGAAUGCUGAGUACUACUUUAGAGUCCGGGCUGAAAACCAUGCUGGACUUAGCGACCCCAAGGACAUGGUUUUGCCUGUGCUUGUUAAGGAGCAGUUGGAGGCUCCUGAGAUUAACAUGAAGAACUUCCAACACAACACUGCCUAUGUAAAGGCAGGUUCAAAUCUCAACAUUGAGAUUCCCCUCACUGGUAAACCACUACCAAAAGUAUCCCUCUCUAAGAAUGGACAGGUUCUAAAAUCAACCUUGAGAUUCAACUCUGAAGUGACCACUGACUCCCUUAUCAUUACUUUGCGUGAGAGUGUUGCUUUGGAUGCAGGCAGAUAUGAUAUCACAGCCUCCAACUCUAGAGGAACCACAAAAUCCUUUGUGAAUCUUGUGGUCCUUGACAGACCAAGUCCACCAGUUGGCCCUGUUGAAAUGUGUGACGUCACAGAGGACAACGUAAGCCUGAAGUGGUUGCCUCCCACAUAUGAUGGUGGUAGCCCUAUCACAAACUACAUUGUUCUAAAACGUGAGACCACUACUGCAAACUGGGUAGAGGUUUCAUCUGCUGUUGCAAGAUGCACAAUCAAGAUCAUGAAGCUGACUACUGGAGUUGAAUACCAGUUCAGAAUCAGAGCUGAGAAUCGCUUUGGCAUAAGUGACCAUAUUGAUUCACCUUCUGUUACCGUCUGUCUUCCAUACACAAUCCCCACGGCCCCUUCACAGCCAUGGGUGUCUGCUGUAACUAAGGAAAGUGUCACUGUUAACUGGAAGGAGCCAUCUUCUGAUGGUGGAAGUCAUGUCUUUGGAUACCACCUUCAAAUGAAAGACAGAAACAGCAUUCUUUGGCAAAAGGUUAACAAAACUGUUAUCCGAGCUACACAUUUCAAAGUAUCAAAUGUGAAUGCUGGCCUAAUCUAUGAGUUCAAGAUUGCUGCUGAAAAUGCUGCUGGUAUUGGUCCAGUUAGCAAGCUCUCAGAUCCAGUGCUUGUAAUUGAUGCUUGUGAACCUCCAAACAACCUUAGAGUUACCGAUAUCACAAAGAAUUCAAUAAGCCUUGCCUGGCAGAAACCCUCAUAUGAUGGAGGAAGUACAAUUACAGGAUAUCUAAUUGAAAGGAAAGACGGUCCUAAAGGAAGAUGGUCAAAAGCUAAUUUGACAAAUGUUACGGACACAAAGUUCACUGUGUCAGGCUUGACUCAGAAUGAAUCUUAUGAAUUCCGAGUUAUGGCUAAGAAUGCAGUUGGCUCCAUUAGUACCCUAUCUGCAACUGUUGGACCAGUCACAUGUGUGGACACAUAUGGUGCUCCUGAGAUUGAACUUGGUCAUGAAUAUCUUGACACUGUAAAAUACAAAGCAGGAGCUGCAAUUCAACUUAAAGUUGGUAUUAUUGCAAAACCUCAACCAACUAUUGAAUGGUACAAGGAUGGAAAGGAGCUUGAGCCCGGAGCUCAGAUUUCCAUCUCCAACACCACAGAUUCUGCAUGCAUCUCAGUCAAGGAUGCCACACGUGUGGAUACUGGAACAUAUGAACUCAAGAUCAAGAACUCUUUAGGCUCAGCAUAUGCAUCUAUCAGAGUACUUGUCCAAGAUAAACCGGGACCUCCUGCUGGAGAGAUACAAUUCAAGAAAGUCACUGCAACUACUACAACCAUCAUGUGGGAACCUCCAGCUGAUGAAGGUGGUGCAAUGGUGACCCACUAUAUUGUGGAGAAACGUGAGACAAGCAGAAUUAUGUGGUCCAUAAUCUCAGAGAAGCUGGAAGAUUGCAUUGUCACAGUGCAAAGGCUCAUUAAGGGUAAUGAAUACAUUUUCCGUGUGCGUGGUGUAAACAAAUAUGGAGUUGGGGAACCUCUGGAAUCAAGACCAGUAAUUGCACAAAAUUCAUUUGUUCCUCCUAGUCAGCCCUCUAAACCUCAAGUCACUAUGAUUACCAAGUCAACAAUGACUGUGGUAUGGGAAAGACCAAGUUUGGAUGGUGGCAGUGAUAUUGAUGGAUAUUACUUAGAGAAGCGGGAGAAGAAGAGUCUACAGUGGUUCAAGGUUAUUAAAGAUCCAAUUCGUGAUACCAGGCAGAAAGUUGGCAACCUCACAGAGGAAAAUGAAUAUCAGUAUCGUGUCAGUGCAAUCAACAAAGCUGGAGCAGGCCCAUAUUCUGAUGCAUCCAUAUUCUACAAAGCUUAUGACCCCAUUGAUCCACCAAGUGAGCCAACCAAGCUCGGAGUUGUUGAUUCAACAAAGACAUCCAUUACCCUUGGAUGGGUGAAGCCUGUCUAUGAUGGUGGUAGCGAAAUCACAAGCUAUGUUGUUGAACAACGAAUGGCAGUUGAGAAGGAAUGGGUCACUAUAAGCUCUAAAGGUGAAGUGAGGACGACGGAGUUUGUGGUGUCCCACUUGAAACCUGGAGUGUAUUACUUCUUCCGUGUCUCUGCUGUUAACUGCGCUGGAGCUGGACGUCCAAUUGAAAUUAUACAGCCAUUGCAAGCCAAAGAUAUUCUGGAGGAGGCUGAUGUUGAUCUGGAUAUCUCAAUGUCAACUCAGUACAUAGCAAAGGCUGGUAGAGAUGUGGAGAUUGUCAUUCCGCUUAAGGGUAGACCUGCUCCUAAUGUAACAUGGAGAAAGGGAGACAAGAACAUUAGUGGUGAAGCAAGAUAUACCAUAAAAAACACUGAAUAUUCAACUGAGCUCGUUAUUCCAAAAGUCACAAGGGAUGAUACAGGCAAAUAUCUUCUUGAAAUUGAAAAUGGAGUCGGAGAGCCAAAAACAAUUACAGUGUCUGUUAAAGUACUGGACACCCCAUCUUCUUGCAAUAAAUUGAUAGUAAAGAAUGUGACACGAGGUAAACUCACUCUUAGCUGGGAGCCUCCUUAUAUUGAUGGUGGCUCCCCAAUCACAAAUUACAUUAUUGAGAAGAAGGAUGCUAAACUGAAGGCCUUCACUUUGGUGACAAAAGAAUGUUCCAACACAACAUACAAGGUUGAUGGUCUGUCUGAAGAAAUUUCCUAUUUCUUCCGUGUUUCUGCUGAAAAUGAAUAUGGCAUUGGUGACCCUUGUAACACAGCACAACCAGUUAGAGCAACCGAGAUGCCUGGUGCUGUUAAGGAUUUGGUAAUGGUGGACUCAUCUAAUACAUCUGUAACUUUGGCAUGGACAAAGCCUGAUCAUGAUGGUGGCAGCCACAUUUCUGAGUACAUUAUUGAGAAGAAAGAAAAGGGAGAGGAUGCUUGGAGUAUUGGUGGCACAUGCAGACGUUGCCAGCAUGAGGUAACACACCUUAAAGAACUCUCAGAAAUGUUCUUUAGAGUUUUUGCCAAAAACGAGAAGGGUUGCAGUGACUUCUCUCAAAUUGGACCAAUUACUGUAAAGUACAUUGUAAUACCACCUGAAGCAAACCUGAUUGACUUUCCUAAUGGGGAAUUAAGUGUUCGCAUUGGAGAAAAUGUGAAUAUUGACUUGCCCUUCAAAGGUAAACCAAAGCCCACUAUUCAGUGGAUGAAAGAUAAUGUGCCACUCAAGGAAAGUGAUCAAGUUCGUUUUAGACAAACAGAGAACAAGGCAAGUCUUAUUGUACGAAAUGUAAGAAAAGACAAUGCAGGACAAUACACCUUGGUCCUUGAUAACAAACUUGACAAGAACUUCUUUGACAUCAAAGUAAUAACACUUGGGCCACCAUCUACACCUGUAGGCCCAAUCAGUUUUGAUGAAAUUAAAGCCCAGAGUAUUAUCAUCUCAUGGAAUGAACCCCAGGAAGACGGUGGAGGAGAGAUCACCUGCUACAGUGUUGAAAAGCGAGAGACAUCCCAAGCUGCAUGGAAAAUGGUUUGCUCUAGUGUGAUCAGGACCACAUUUAAGAUACCAAAUUUGGUUAAGGGAACUGAAUACCAAUUUAGGGUACGUGCAGAAAACAAAUAUGGAGUUAGCGAGCCUCUCACCUCAUCGGAUGUGGUUGCUCAACACCAAUAUAAGCCACCAGGUCCACCUGGAAAGCCUGUAGUAUACAAUGUUACAAGUGAUGGCAUGACUGUUCAGUGGGAUGCCCCAAGCUUUGAUGGUGGUUCACCAGUCACUGGAUACCAUCUUGAGAAAAAAGACAGGAACAGCUUACUGUGGACAAAAGCAAAUUCCAAUAUUAUCUCUGGAAAAGAGUACAGAGUCAUUGGACUUCUUGAAGGUCUGGAGUAUUCAUUCAGAGUUUAUGCCGAAAACAAUGCUGGCAUGAGUCAAGUCAGUGAACAGAGCAAGCAUAAACUGGCAAUCUCCCCUGUUGAUCCUCCUGGCACACUUAAUUGCAUUGAUGUUACAAGAGACUCUGUAACACUUCAGUGGGAACCACCUAAACGCGAUGGAGGCAGUAAGAUUGUGGCAUACAGUGUUGAAAGGCGACAAGGAAGGGCACGCUGGUUAAGAUGCAAUUUCAUUGACAUCAGCGAAUGUCAGUUUACAGUAACAGGCCUUGCUGCAGGUGACCGCUUUGAAUUUAGGGUGAUUGCCAGGAAUGCUGUUGGAACAGUUAGUCCACCUUCUCAGUCAUCUGGUUACAUCAUGACCAAAGAUGAAAGUGUCAUCCCUGAGAUUGAGUUUGGUGCUGAGAAGACCCUCACCAUCAAGGCAGGAGAAAACAUUAAACUCAGCUGCAGUGUAAGAGGACGCCCUGUACCUCAAGUCACAUGGUAUAAAGAUAGCAAGGAAGUGGACAAAAUGCUGGUUGACAUCACAACUAUAAUUGGAUCAAGCUCACUAUUCAUCAGAGAUGCUGACCGCAAUGAUCGUGGUAUCUACACAGUUGAAGCCAAGAACAGUUCGGGUACAACAAAAGUGGAUGUUCUUGUCAGAGUACAAGAUACCCCUGGUCCACCCGAGGGCCCACUUCGCUUCACAAAUAUAUCUGCAGAGAAAGCAACUCUUUGGUGGAGCCCACCUGAAAAUGAUGGAUGUGCACCUAUCACUCAUUAUGUGAUUGAGAAACGUGAGACUUCCAGAAUUUCAUGGGCACUUGUUACAUCCAAGUGUGAAGCCUGCUCUUUUAAUGCCACAAAGCUGAUUAAAGGCAAUGAAUAUCAGUUCCGUGUAUCCGCUGUCAAUAAAUUUGGUGUUGGCAAGCCAAUGGAGUCUGAUCCAAUCAUUGCUCAAAUGCAAUACACGGUACCAGAUGCUCCUGGGACACCUGACUGCACACAUGUGACUGGAAACAGUAUUACUCUAUGCUGGACAAGACCAAGACACGAUGGCGGAAAUGAGAUCAAGCAAUACAUUCUUGAAAGACGAGAGAAGAAGAGCUUAAGAUGGGUGAAGGUUUCAUCUAAGAGACCAAUAACCGAGCUUAGGCACAGAGUAACAAAUCUUACAGAAGGAAAUGAAUAUGAAUUCCGUGUUAUGGCUGAAAACGGAGCUGGUAUUGGACCUGCAAGUAGUACGUCCAGAUUGUUCAAGUGCAGAGAGCCAACAAGUGCACCCAGUGCACCAACUGUGGUGAAGGUAAUUGAUUCUACUAAGACAUCUGUUACUUUGGAAUGGACCAAACCUGUGUUUGAUGGUGGUAUGGAAAUCAUCGGUUACAUAAUUGAUAUGUGCAAGGCAAGCCUUGAGGAAUGGCACAGAGUCAACAACCAGACUUGCAUCCAUACCAAAUAUACAAUAACAGAUUUAGAACCUGGUGAAGACUACAAAUUCCGUGUAUGUGCAGUCAAUGGUGCUGGGAAGGGAGAAACCUCUGAGAUUCCAAAUGUAGUACAAGCAGUUGAUAGACUGACAUCACCAGAAAUUGAUAUUGAUGCAGACUUCAAACAGACACAUGUUGUGAGAAAUGGUGGAACAGUCACACUUCAUAUUCCCUUCUGUGGAAAACCAGCCCCCCUUGCAACAUGGACAAAGGCAGAUGGAGAACUUGGUGUAAUGGUGGAUAUUCAUACCACAGACAUAUUCAGUACCUUGACAAUUGAAAAUUGCAGCAGGUAUGAUGCUGGCAAGUAUACACUUUCUCUUGAAAACAACAGUGGUCGUAAAUCUAUCACAUUAACAGUGAAAGUGUUGGACACACCUGGACCACCAGGACCUCUCUCAUUCAAGGAUGUCACAAGAGGUGCCCUGACACUCAUGUGGGACGCACCAUGUAAUGAUGGCGGUGCCCGUGUUCAUCACUACAUUGUUGAGAAGCGAGAGGCAAGUCGCUUGAGUUGGCAAGAGGUUAGUGAAAAGUGCACACGUCAAAUCCUAAGAGUGACCAACCUCGCUGUAGGCAUAGCAUACUUCUUUAGAGUUAUUGCAGAAAAUCAGUAUGGCAAAGGUGAGCCAUAUGAAAUGUCAGAGCCUAUAAUUGCCACAGAAGAGCCUGCACCUCCCAAGAGACUGGAUGUUAUUGAUACCACAUCCUCAACAGCCACCUUAGUAUGGAUGAAGCCUGAGCAUGAUGGUGGAAGCCGCAUUACAGGGUACAUUGUUGAGACUAGAAAGAAGGGCUCUGAUCGCUGGGUUAUUGGUGGUCAAACCAAAUCUUUGAAAAUGGUUCUUGAAGGAUUGGUUGAGAACACAGAAUAUGAAUUCCAUGUCAUGGCCCAGAAUGAUGCUGGCAUUAGUCAGCCACGAGAUGCGCUAGGCUCUGUCAUUAUUAAGGAGCCUCGUAUUGAACCAACUGCAGAUCUUAGUGGCAUCAAUAAGCAGCUCAUCACUUGCAAAACAGGAAAUAACUUUACCAUUGAUAUUCCAAUCAGUGGGAGACCAGCUCCCAAGGUAACAUGGAAACUUGAAGAAAUGAAACUCAAAGAAACAGACAGAGUAUCAAUUAAGACUUCUAAAGAUAGAACCACUCUACUGGUUAAGGAUGCCAAGAGAGGUGACAGUGGAAAGUAUUAUAUCACUCUGGAGAAUGCAGCUGGAUCAAAGACAUUCACUGUCACUGUCAUUGUCAUUGGAAGACCAAGCACACCAAUUGGACCUGUUGAAGUUUCAGGAAUCACAUCAGAGUCCUGUGUAUUGACAUGGUGUGAACCUUCAGAUGAUGGUGGAACGGACAUCACCAAUUAUAUUGUUGAGAAGCGUGAGUCGGGGUCCACUACAUGGCAAGUUGUGAAUUCAAGUGUGAAACGGACCACCAUCAAAGUAACUCAUCUGACCAAGUACAUGGAGUACAGUUUCAGAGUCUGUGCUGAGAACAAGUUUGGUGUUAGCAAAUCUAUUGAAUCUCAAGCUAUUGUUGCUGAGCAUCCAUUUGUCCCACCAAGCCCACCAACUCGACCAGAUGUUGUUUCAGUGUCUGCUAAUGCAAUUUCUUUCCGCUGGGAUUUGCCAUAUAAUGAUGGUGGAAGCCAGGUAAAUGGAUACUGGAUUGAGAAGAAAGAACGCAAUACUAUUCUGUGGGUGAGGGAGAACAAGAUCCCUUGCCUUGAGUGCCACUACAAGGUCUCCAAUCUCAUUGAAGGCCUUGAGUACCAGUUCAGAGUUUAUGCAAUGAACAUUGCAGGCUUGAGUAAAGCAAGUGAAGCAUCAAGGCCAGUGC